CUCCAGCUGCGGAGAAACCUGCUCCUCCUGCUGUGGAGAAACCUGCUCCUCCUGCUGCUUUGAAGAAACCUGCUCCUCCUGCUGUGGAGAAACCUGCUCCUGCUCCUGCUUCUGUGGAGAAACCUGCUCCUCCUGCUGCUUUGAAGAAACCUGCUCCUCCUGCUGCUUUGAAGAAACCUGCUCCUCCUGCUGUGGAGAAACCUGCUCCUCCUCCUGCUGUGGAGAAACCUACUCCUCCUGCUUCUGUGGAGAAACCUGCUCCUGCUCCUUCUGAGAAACGUUCACCUCCCACUUCUUCUGUAGAGAAACCCUCUAUGAAGAUACCCACAUCUCCAACUGGUGCAAAGAGAACGUCUCCUCAGCCUUCCACACCUUUAGUGCCACCUGCCUCUCCUUCUUCAGAGGAGCGGAAGAAGACUCCAGAAGACCUAGCAGAAGUCUGGACCGCCACAGACAAGGAACCUGUUUCAUGUCCUGGACCCACUAAAGAUGGCAAACCAUCGGAGGAGGCCCCUCGCGGCCGCGGCCGAGGAUUUGGGGUGAGACAAACGCCGUCUCCUGGGGACGGGGGGCGUGGCCGGGGCCUGAGACCUGGCGGGAAAGGCCCCUCUCCCCCCGAAGAGCCUUUUGCCGGAUUCAAGCUGAAGGCUGUGCCGCUGAAGUUUGUCAAGCCCAUCAAAGACAUCGUGCUGCAGGAGGCGGAGUCCAUCGGCUCCUCUGCCGUCUUUGAGUGUGAAAUCUCGCCGUCCACGGCCAUCACAUCUUGGAUGAAGGACGGAAGCAACCUACGUGAAGGUCCCAAGCACAAAUUCACCGCGGACGGCAAAGAUCGCAAGCUGGCGAUUAUUGACGUGCAGCUGUCCGACACGGGCGACUACACCUGUGUGGCCAGGAACGCCGGCAAGGAGGUGACCUGCACCGCCAAGCUGAUCGUGGAAGAAUUGCCAGUCAAGUGGGUGAAGGACCUGGAACCAGAGACCUCCUGCAUGAAGGGUCAGCCGAUGUACCUGACGUGCGAGCUCAACAAGGAGCGCGACGUCGUGUGGAAGCGUAACGGAGAACUGCUGAAGAAGAAGGCUGGCAAAGUGGCCAUCAACAUCAUUGGCCUUCAGCACGCCGUCACCAUUCAGAACGCCACGGACGAGGACGCCGGGGCCUACACCUGCGAGGUGGACGGGCAGCCUGACGUGAAGACCACCACCAUGGUCAAAGUCAUCGAGAUCAUCAAAGACUGGCUGACCAAGCCUCUGCGGGACCAGCAUGUGAAGCCCAAGUCCACAGCCACCUUCCGCUGCGAGCUGUUCCGAGACACUCCCAACUGGAAGUGGUUCAAAGGCGAGGCGGAGCUCACGCCAUCGGACAAGGUUCAAAUCGACAAAGAGGGAGUCAACGUGACGUUGAACAUCAAAGACUGUCAGCCGGACGACGUGGCCGAGUACACCAUCGCGGUGGAGGACCGGAAGUACACCGCCAAGCUGACGCUGGGAGAGCGCCAGGCAGAAGUGCUGAAGCCACUGAGCAGCGUGGAAGUGGUGGAGAAGGACGACGCACAUUUCGACACGGAAAUAUCCGAGGAAGACGUGGCUGGCGAGUGGAAGCUGCGGGGGCAGGUCCUCACCCGCUCACCGAGUUGCGACAUCAAGUCAGAUGGCAAGAAACGUUUCCUGACGCUGAAGAAGGUUGUGUUGGAUCAGGCUGGAGAAGUGUCCUACCAAGCGCUCAACGCCAUCACCAGUGCCGCGCUGACUGUCAGAGAGAUCCAGAUGGGCUUUGUUGAGCCUCUGAGGGACGUUUGUGUUCCGGAGAAGAAGCAGGCUAAGUUUGAGUGCACGCUAACGCGUGAGGUGCCCAAAGUUUUGUGGUUUAGAGGGGCAGACGUCGUGACCCCAAGUCCCAAGUAUGACAUGAUUGACGAUGGUCACAAGCACUUGUUGCUUGUAAACUGCUGCGACUUUGAUGACGAGUCUGAGUACUCAGUGGAGGUUCUGGACCUUAGAUCCACCGCACGGUUGUCGGUAGAAGGGAAGAGACUGCAGUUUGUUCAGUCUUUGAAGGAUCAAACAGUGAAAGAAGGCAAAAGUGCCGAGUUUCAGGUGGAGCUGACGCACGACGAUGUGCCAGUGGUUUGGUACCGUAACGAGGUGAAGGUUCACGUGAGUCGCACUGUGGUGACACGUGUGCAGGGAAGGAGGCACACUCUGGAGCUCAAUGCUCUGAGUCUGGACGACACGUGUCAGAUCACGGCAGAGGCCAAAGGAGUCAAGUCCAGUGCUAAACUGUCCGUGAUAGAGGGCGACCCCGUGUUUGUGGUUAAACUGAAAGACUUCACAGCCACGGAGAAGGACGAGGUCUCGCUGGACUGCGAACUGAGCAAAGACGUCCCAGUGGUCUGGUUCCACAACGAGAAGGAGCUCACCGCAUCGAAGCUUGUGCUGAUGCGGUCGGAGGGAACCCGCAGAACCCUGCUCCUGAAGAAGGUGGAGCUCAGCGAGCAGGGGAAGUACACCUGCGACUGCGGGACGGACAAGACGACGGCCACCGUCAAGGUGGAAGCUCGCGACGUGCGGGUUCUCCGACCCAUCUACGGGGUGGAGCUGUUUGAUGGCGAGACUGCCCGAUUUGAAGCGGAGAUCUCUGAGGACGACGUUGUCGGAGAGUGGAGCCUGAAUGGAAAUGUGCUGUCGUCAUCCACCAACAUGGAUCUGAUCCAGGAGGGAUCCAAGCACACGCUGAUCCUCUACAGUUGUCAAGUUCCCAUGAGUGGCGAGGUUUCAUUCCGAGCGGCUAACGCUCACUGUGCGGCUAACCUGAAGGUCAAAGAACUUCCCCUGGACUUCCUCGCCACCAUGACUGACGUCCACGUGUACGAGAAGGACGACGCUCGCUUCGAGGUGGAGGUCUCGCGGGCUCCCAAGACUUUCAGGUGGCUGAAAGGUUCGGCCGAAAUCACCGCAGACGAUAAGUAUCACAUGACCCAGGAGGGCAACGUCUUUGUCCUGCUGGUACGCUCCGCCUCGUACGACGACGAAGCCAAGUUCAUGUUUGAGGCCGAAGACAAAAGAACCAGUGGGAAACUCCACAUCCAGGGUAUCCGUCUGGAGUUUGUCCGGGCGAUCAAAGAUGUCACAGUGAAGGAGAGGGAGACGGCUGAGUUCAGCCUGGAGCUCUCACAUGAUGACAUCCCCGUGGUUUGGUACAAGAACGAGGUGCGUCUGCACCCGAGCAAGGUAGUGCACAUGAGCGACCGCGGCCGGGUCCACACGCUCGCCUUCAAAGAGGUGACCAUCGACGACACCUCCAUGAUCAAAGUGGACGCCAUGGACAAGAGCGUGACGGCCAUGCUUAAUGUGAUCGAGGGUGACCUCUACUUCAUGACCAAGCUUCAGAACUACACCGCGGUGGAGAAAGACCAAGUCUCGCUUGUCUGUGAACUCAGUAAAAGUGUGGGCGAUGUGCGCUGGCUGAAGGACGGGAAGGAGUUGACCACAUCCAAGAACAUUGCCAUCCAAACGGACGGACGCCGGCGGAUCCUGACGGUCCGCAAGGCCCAGAAGUCCGACAUCGGCGAGUACACCUGCGACUGUGGCUCUGACAAGACCAGUGCUCAGCUCAACAUCGAAGAGCGAGACAUCAAGGUCGUCCGACCGCUCUACAGCGUGGAGGUGACUGAGACGGAGACUGCCAAGUUUGAGACUGAAAUCUCGGAGGAGGAUGUUCAUGCCACGUGGAAACUGGGAGGCGUGGCCCUCCACCCCUCUCCUGAUGUGGAGAUCAAGGAAGAGGGACCCAAACAUCUGUUGAUUCUUUACAACGUUCGACUGGACAUGGCUGGAGGCGUGGACUUUGCCGCCGCUAACGCCAAGUCUAACGCACAGCUUCGUGUCAAAGCUCGGUCCAUCAGUGUGCUGCAGCCCAUGAAGGACGUGACGGUGACAGCAGGGGAGAGCGCAACCUUCGAGUGUGAGCUGUCGUAUGAGGGUAUAGAGGUGGAGUGGUUCUCUGGCGGAACCAAACUGGAGGCCGGUGAUCGGGUGAAGACUCGCACGGUGGGCCGCGUUCACACUCUGACUCUUCGUGACGUCAAGCUGACGGAGGCCGGUGAGGUCAAGCUGACAGCCAAGGACUUCCACACGCAGGCCCAGCUCAUCGUCCUAGAACCGCCUGUGGAGUUCAGCAAACCUCUGGAGGACCAGAGUGUGGAGGAGGAAGCCACCGCCACUUUGGAAUGCGAGGUCUCUCGAGAGAAUGCAGAAGUCCAGUGGUUCCGAGAAGGACAGGAGAUCCGCAAGACCAAAAAGUAUGAGCCGUCAGCUGACGGGCGCAAGAGGACGCUGGUCAUCCACGACUGUGGUCCCGAUGAUGCCAAGAUGUACACCUGCAGCGCCAAGGAGUUCAAAACCUCUUGUUUCCUGGAAGUAACGCCGCCGCAUGUCGAGAUGACCAAACCGCUACAGGACGUGGAAGUGAAGGAGAAGGAGUCUGCCAAGUUUGAGUGCGAGGUCUCUCGCGAAUCUGCCAAGGCACGCUGGUUCAAGGAUGGCAGUGAGAUCCGCAAAGGGAAGAAAUACGAGAUCAUCGCCAAGGGACGCCAGAGGAUCCUCGUCGUACACAAGUCCACAUUUGAUGAUGAGGCGGAGUACGAGUGUGAUGUUAGAACGGCCAAGAGCUGUGGCAUGCUGACGGUCAUUGAGGAGGAUGCCAGAUUCACCAAGAACCUGUCCAACGUGGAGGGGACAGAAACGGACAGUGUGAAGAUGGUGUGCGAGGUGUCCAAGCCUGGAGCGGAAGUCAGGUGGUACAGAGGCGAGCAAGAGCUGCCCGAGGGCGGGCGCUACGAGCAGAUCCUGGAUGGACGAAAGCGAAUUUUGAUUGUCCAGGACCUGAAGAUGGAGGACGCAGGGGAGUACUCCUGCAAACUAAGUCCCACUGUCAGGACCUCAGCAGAGCUCCGAGUCAACGAACUGGCUGCAGAGUUCAUUGCGAGGCCUCAGAACCAGGAAGUAGUGGAGGGAGAGCGAGCAGAGUUUUCCUGCUCCGUAUCCAAAGACACCUUUGAGGUGAGGUGGUACAGAGGUGGCGAGGAAGUCCUCGCCGGUGAGAAGUACGAGAUAGUUAGUGAAGGAAAGAGGAGGGCGCUCAUCGUGAAAGACUGCGAGCUGAAAGACGAGGGCGGCUACGUAGCCCACAUCGGUAGCGUGCAGGCCUCAGCGGACCUGCUGGUCACUGAGAAACUUCGGAUCAUCACACCUAUCCGCGACACCGUUGUCAAAGAAGGCGGAGAAAUCGUCUUCAACUGUGAAACUAAUGUGGACGGAGCCAAGGCCAAAUGGCUAAAAGACCAGGAAACUGUGUUCGAGAGCAGCAAGUACACGGUGAGCCAGAGAGACAACGUCUUCUCGCUGAGGAUCCGAGAUGCCCAGAAGACUGACGAGGCCAGCUACACCAUCAACCUGAGCAACCAGAGAGGAGAGCAGGCGUCCAGCACGGCCGGCGCCAAGGUGGCAGAGGAGAAGCUGAAGUUCCUGGAGCCCAUCGAGGACUCGGAGACUCAGGAGAAGAAGACCGUCGUUUUUGUGUGCAAGGUGAACCGGCCCGACGCCACGGUGCACUGGAAGAAGGCUGGCGAGGAGGUGGCCUUGAGCAAGCGGGUGGUCUACAGAGUCGACGGCUUGAAACACACGCUGACCAUCAAGGACUGCCUGAUGGAGGAUGAGGGUGAAUAUACAGCGGUGGUCGGUGAAGACAGAUGCUCUGCGGAGCUGAUCAUCGGCGAGGCACCAACAGACUUCACAAGUCACAUCAGAGACCAGACAGUGACUGAGUUCGAGGACGCCGAGUUCAGCUGCCAACUCUCCAAGGAAAAGGCGGCCGUCAAGUGGUACAAGAACGGCCGCGAGAUCAGAGAGGGCCCCAGGUACCGCAUGGAGAGGGAAGGGAAGACCUGCAGACUGGUGGUGAAGGAGUGUCGACCAGACGACGAAUGUGAAUAUGCUUGUGGUGUGGAGGAGAUGAGGACCAGAGCCAGACUCUUCGUGGAAGAGACCCCGGUGGAGAUAGUCCGCCCCCCACAGGACAUGUUUGAGCCUCCAGGCUCAGACAUCGUCUUUGAGGUGGAACUGAACAAGGACAGGGUGGAAGUGAAGUGGAUGAGGAACAAUAUGAUCAUUGUCCAAGGAGACAAGUACCAGAUGAUCAGUGAGAGCAAAGUCCAUCGGCUGCAGGUCUGCGAGGUCCGGCCUCGAGACCAGGGAGAGUACCGCAUUGUUGCCAAGGACAAAGAUGCCCGGGCCAAGCUGGAGCUGGCUGCCGUCCCAAAGAUCAAGACCACAGACCAGAAUCUGGUGACAGAUGCCGGGAAGCCGUUUGUCAUGGGAGUGCCGUAUGAUGCCUACCCUCGUGCCGAGGCCGACUGGUCCUUCAAAGGCUCUGCUCUCCCAGUUCAGAACAUUGACACUUCAGCUGAUAAGACAGAGUACCGUCUGAAGGCUCCAAGCAAGGAGGACCAGGGCCAGUACAGGGUGGUCAUCAGGAACAAGCACGGCCAGGGAGAAGCUGUGAUCAACCUGGAUGUGAUUGAUAUUCCUGGACCGGUCAAGAACCUAAGAGUGAUUGACACGGCAGACGGCGAAGUCAGUCUAGCAUGGGAGGAACCGGAGACCGACGGUGGGAGCAAAAUAAUGUCGUACGUGGUGGAGCGCCGAGACGUGAAGCGCAAGACCUGGACGCUGGCGACCGAUCGGGCAGACACCCCGGAGUACUGCGUCAGCGGCCUUCAGAGGGACUCCAUGUACUUGUUCAGAGUCUGUGCCCGGAACCGAGUGGGAAGCGGACCAUCUGUGUCCACAGAGGAUGCGGUCCAGGCCAAGAACAAGUUUGACGUCCCCGAUGCUCCUGAAGAUGUGAAUGUGGACUCUGUGAACAAGUUUGGCGCCAGGCUCAGCUGGAAGCCUCCGAAAUGUGACGGGGGCUCUGAGAUAACGGCCUACAUCAUCGAGCUGCGCGACAGAACCUCCGUGAAGUGGGAGGCAGCCAUGGUUUGUGGCGCAGGAGACACCUCUGCAGAUCUGAACGACGUGGUGGAGAACAAGGAGUACAUCUUCAGAGUCAGGGCUGAAAACAGAGCCGGUGCCGGCAGGCCCAGUGCCGCCACCAAACCCGUCAAGAUCAUGGACCCCAUAGAGAGGCCCAGUCCUCCGCAGAACCUGAACUUCAGCGACCAAACCCUUGAUGCGGUCACGCUGACCUGGGAAACUCCAGCUAACAACGGCGGCAGCAUGAUCACAGGCUACAUCGUGGAGAAGUGCGACGACGGCGCUGACAAGUGGCUUCGUUGCAACGCAAGACUCUGUCCAGAUCUCUCUUACCGGAUACUUGGUCUCAAACAAGGUCAGAAAUACCUGUACAGGGUUUGUGCAGAGAACGCAGCUGGAGUCUCAGAUCCGGCCGAACAACUGGGCCCGCUCCUGGCCGACGACCCACAUGUGGCACCGACCAUGGACCUGAGUGGCUUCAGGUCGGGACUGGAGGUGGUUGUUCCCCAGUCUCUGACAAUACGAGUGCCCAUCUCUGGAUACCCCACUCCUGUCCCCAAGUGGACUUUUGGUGAGAAGGAGCUGAGCACCGUGGACGACCGCGUCUCCAUGGCGACUAAGCCCACCUACACCGAGCUGACCGUUACACCGAGCGUCCGACCAGAUAAAGGAACAUACGGCGUGACUCUGGAGAAUGACGUGUCCUCGGUGAGCGGAGAAAUUGAGGUCAACGUCAUCGCUUGUCCAAGUGCUCCAAAAGACUUCAAGGUCGCUGAGGUCACCCGACACCACGUCCACCUGAUGUGGGAGGUUCCUGAGCAUGACGGAGGAAGUCCCGUCACCCACUACCAGAUUGAGAAAAGAGAGGUGUCCCGCAAGACCUGGGCCAAGGUGGCUGCUGGCGUACUGGAUCUGGAGCACACCGUCACUGAUGUCAUGGAGGGAAAGGAGUACGUGUUCAGCGUCACCGCUUGCAACAAGUGUGGGCUCGGAGAGCCUGCCUAUAUUGACGAGCCCGUCAAUGUGUCUUCUCCUGCCACUGUGCCAGACCCUCCCGAAAACCUCAAGUGGCGUGACAAGACUGCAAAGGGCAUUUUCCUGUCCUGGGAACCUGCCAAGUACGACGGCGGCGCCCCAAUCCAGGGUUAUGUUGUUGACAAGUGCCAGCGCGGCACGGACAAGUGGGAACCGUGUUGUGACCCGGUCCCCGAACUCAAGUAUCAGGUGUCUGGGCUGGCGGAGGGCCAGUGGUACGCCUACAGAGUCAGAGCCGUCAACAAGCUGGGUGCCAGUCGCCCCUGUCGCGCCACGGAUGAGAUUCAAGCCAUCGAUGCCAAAGAGCCGCCCGAGAUCCAGCUGGACGUGAAGCUGCUGGCCGGUCUCACGGCUCAAGCAGGGACAAAGAUUGAGCUGCCGGCGGAUGUGAAGGGAAAACCUGAUCCUAAAAUCAAAUGGACCAAAGCCGAUCUGAUCCUCAAGACGGACGACCGUGUCGCCAUAGACACGGAGCCUGGCCACUCAAAGCUCUCCAUCGCCAAGACCUCCAGAGGAGACAGUGCCACAUACAUCAUUGAGGCGGUCAACUCCAGCGGCCGAGCCACUGCCACCGUGGAUGUCAACAUCCUCGAUAAGCCUGGACCCCCUGCUGCCUUUGACAUCUCUGACAUCACAAACCAGUCCUGUGAGCUGGCUUGGAAUCCUCCUCGCGAUGACGGCGGCUCUCCUAUCACAAAUUAUAUCGUCGAGUGCCGAGAGCUGGACAAGGAGGACUGGCUCAAGCUGUCGGCCACAGUCAAGCACACGGUCUUCAAGGCCUGCAAGCUCACCGCCAUGAAAGAGUAUGUUUUCCGAAUCAGUGCGGAAAACCAGUUUGGUAUCGGCGAUCCUGCGGAGCAUGUGCCCAUUGUGGCCAAGUAUUCCUUUGAUGCUCCCGGUUCUCCCAGCAAGGUCACCCCCUCUGACGUUUCCAAGGACGCUGUCACUCUGAGCUGGUUUGAGCCGGACGAGGACGGCGGCAGUCCCAUCACUGGCUACUGGGUGGAGAAAUUUGACCCAGAGAGUGAUAAGUGGAUCCGCUGCAACAAGCUCCCCAUCAAAGACACAACGUUCAGGGUGAAGGGACUCACAACCAAGAAGAAAUUCCGCUUCAGAGUUCUUGCCGAGAAUUUGGCUGGGCCUGGAAAACCAAGCCCGGAAACGGAUCCUGUGCUCGUAAAAGAUCCGAUUGAUCCGCCCUGGGCACCUGGCAAGCCAGUCAUCCGUGAUGUUGGCAAAACCACCGCAACUCUGGCCUGGACCCGCCCCGAGCACGACGGUGGGGCUAAGAUCGAGGGUUACAUCAUCGAGUUCCAGAAAGCAGGAAGUGAGGAGUGGAUCCGUGUUGCUGAGGAUGUUCCACAGACCGAGCACCAGCUGCAGGGUCUGAUGGAAAAGCAGGAGUACUCCUUCCGCGUCAAAGCAGUCAACAAGGCCGGCGAGAGUGACGCCAGUGACCCCAGCGAGCCUGUCGUCUGCAAGGAAAGACUCUACCCUCCUUCUGCCCCCCAGUGGCUCGAGGUGGCCAACAUUACCAAGACCAACGCCGAGCUGAAGUGGGCAGCUCCCAGCGGCGAUGGCGGGUCGCCCAUCACCAACUAUGUGGUGGAGAAGCGUGACGUGAGACGUAAAGCUUGGCAGACCGUUGACACUACGGUGAAGGAGCAGAAGUACACGGUGUCACCACUCAAUGAAGGAUCGCUUUAUGUGUUCCGUGUGGCCGCUGAGAACGCCGUGGGCACGGGCGAGUUCUGCGAGCUGGAGGAUGCCGUACUGGCCAAAGACACGUUCACUACUCCCGGGCCUCCUUACGCCCUGACGGUGGUGGACGUCACCAAGAGACACGUGGAACUCAAGUGGGAGGCCCCCAAGAGCCACGGAGGAAGGCCCAUAAUCAAGUACGUCAUUGAGAAGAAGGAGAAGGUGGGGACUCGGUGGAUGAAGUGCUGCAAGACCCCCGACAAGCAGACUCAGUUCAAGGUGACGGAUGUCGAUGAAGGGUCCGAGGUGCAAUUCCAGGUCCGAGCUGAGAAUGAGGCUGGAGUGGGAGACCCCAGUGAACCCACCGUGAUCCUGACUGUUGAAGACCCCACCAGUCCUCCUUCUGCGCCACUGGAAGUGGCUGUUGCCGAUGCCAGCCGCGAGCACAUCAAUGUCACGUGGAAGCCGCCAGUCAAGGACGGCGGUUGUCCCAUAACGGGCUACCAUGUGGAGGUAGCCGAAGCCCGACCAGAACUCAAGUGGCUUCGUGUCAACAACCGGCCCAUCAAGGAGCCCCACUUCAGAAUCGAUGACGGAAUCAAGCCAGAGAAGAAGUAUGUGAUCCGAGUGCGUGCCGUCAACUCGAUCGGCGUCAGUGACCCAUCAGAGAUCUCAGACAAAGUCUUCACCAAGGACCCAGACUGUGCUCCAACAAUUCAGCUGGAGUCGCAGGACCUGGUCGUAGUCGAGGGUGAAAAGCUCCACCUCAAGGUCCCGUACAGAGCCAUUCCCACCCCGAAGAUGUCCUGGCAGAAAGAUACAGCCGAGUGCGUGGCCUCAGACCGGCUCUCCAUGGUCGUGGAGAUGAACACUUGUCACCUGGAGCUGCUUAAGUGCGCCCGCGCCGACGCCGGCUCUUAUGCCGUAACGUUAGAGAACGGUCUGGGGUCGGCUAGCGCCACAGCUCAUGUCAAAGUCAUUGGACUUCCUGGACAGUGCAAAGACAUCGGUGCCAGCGAUGUGACAAAGAACUCGUGUCAGAUCAGUUGGGAGGCUCCGGAGGACAAUGGUGGCACAGACAUCGUCAGCUACACGCUGGAGCGACGCGAGGCCUCGAAGAAGACCUACGUGCCUGUCAUGUCUGGGGAGAACCUCCUGACCCGCUCUGUCAAAGACCUGUACGUAAACUGCGAGUACUACUUCCGCGUCAAAGCGGUCAACAAAGUGGGUGCCGGCGAGUACCUGGAGCUGCGCACACCGGUGAUCACAGAGGAAGUGAAGCAAAAACCAGACCCACCUCUGCAGGUGGAGGCCCAUGAUCCGACAUCCAAGUCCAUCACGGUCACCUGGAAGGCGCCAGACUGCGACGGUGGUUGUCCCGUUCAGGGCUACAUCGUGGAAAAGAUAGAGAAGGACGGCGAUCGCUAUGAGCGGGUCACACCCAGCCUGGUUCCAGGCUUCUCAUUCGUGGUCACAGGGCUGAAAGAAGACACGGAGUACCAGUUCAGGGUCAGAGCUGAGAAUGCCGCCGGAGUCAGUGAGCCAUCACGCAGCACGCAGCCCGUCAAAGCUGCAGACCCCAUCGAGAAACCCACCGUGACAUUACACGUCAGAGUGCAGUCUGGUCUGUGCAUCAAGAAGGGUGAGGAGAUCAGGCUGGAUGCCAUGGUCACUGGCUGCCCAUAUCCGAAAGUCACCUGGCUGAGAAACGAAGAGGACGUCACCAAAGAGCCCACCAAGAAGAUCGUCCCGCUGGUGAAGAAGAGGAAGACCAAGACCAAGGUUCCCGAACCAGAGGAGGAGUUUGUCACACCGCUGCGUGAGCGUCUGGGUUUGGACCAGACCCAGAAGGGCCAUUCUGCCCUCAUGAUUCGUGAAGCUGUCAGAGCGGAUCACGGGACCUACACCAUUCAGGUGGAGAACACGCACGGUGUUGCCACGGCCUCGUGCGUCGUCAACGUCCUGGACAAACCCGGUGCGCCCAUAAACUUCACCUUCGAUGAGAUCAGGAACACGUCGGUAGUUUGCCAGUGGGAGCCACCUGAGGAUGAUGGCGGCAGCGAGGUGCUGAACUACGUCCUGGAGAAGAAGGACAACAAAAGCGAGGCCGUUGGGUGGAUUACCAUCACCUCCACCCUGAAGGGCACCAGUCUGCCUGUCGGCAAGCUCAUCGAAGGCAAAGAGUACAUCUUCAGAGUCACGGCGGAGAACAAGUUUGGCUGCGGGCCGCCUUGCCUCUCCGAGCCUCUCGUGGCAAAGAACCAGUUUGAUCCUCCCGAUGCCCCGAACGCUCCCAGAGUCCAUGAGGUGACUGCAAGCUCCGCCCAGAUCUCCUGGCACGAGCCCAAAGACAACGGCAGUCCCAUCCUGGGCUACUGGAUUGAGAGGAAGGAGGUCAACAGCAAGCACUGGACGCGGGUCAACCGGGCUUUGCUCAACUCACUGGAGGUCAAAAUCCGUGGACUCAUGGAAGGACUGACAUAUAUCUUCAGAGUUUGUGCUGAGAACCUUGCUGGGCCGGGACCCUUCAGUGACCCCUCCGACCGCACCGUUGCCAUGGAUGCCAUCUUGCCACCUGGGCCACCCACUCCCUGGAUUGUGGACACUGGAAAGGAUUCUGUCACUGUUGCGUGGAAACCGCCUUUGUACAACGGGGGUGGAGAGAUCCUGGGAUAUCAUCUUGAGAAGGUGCUGGCUGGUGAGAAAGAAUGGAGUCGCUGCACAGAGUUCCGAUGCAAAGAGCUGACAUACACUGUGACUGGGCUGACCGAGGGCGCCGACUACUACAUCCGAGUCCUGGCGAUCAAUGAUGCCGGCCCUGGUGCUCCUGGGGUCACAGAACCCAUCACAGUGAAAGAGCCUCAAGAACCACCUGCAGUGGACUUUGACGUUUCAGUGAGGAACGGUGUCAUCAUCAAAGCCGGGGAGCCGCUGAAACUCCCGGCACAGGUGAGUGGGCGCCCUCAGCCCCUCGUCAAGUGGACCAAGAACGAAGCGGAUGUGGACCAGGAACGCACCAUUGUGGAGACCCAUGGCACAAAAAGCACCUUGUUCAUAAAGAAAGCUGUGAGGGCAGAUCACGGCACAUAUCGGAUCUGUGGCACCAACAGCACUGGCACCAAAACGGCAGAGACCAGAGUGGAUGUGAUGGAUGUUCCAGGGCCUGUGGUGGACCUCAAGACUGUCACCGUCACCAAGAAGAACAUCACGCUCACGUGGUCCGACCCCCUGGACAACGGUGGUAGUGACAUCAUUGGCUACGAGGUCCUCAGGAAGGAUGCCAAGAUGAAGCUUUUCCGUCAACCGCUUGAGAUCGCGUCAUGCAAGUGCGACAUUCAGGGUCUGCUGGCUGGCGAGGAGUACGACUUCAGGGUCAUCGCCAGGAACAAGUAUGGCGAUGGAGAACCUGCUGAUAUUGGACCCGUCUUGGCAGAGGAUCCCAAAGGCACACCCUCCGCCCCGGAGAAGCUGCACUACACUGACAGAAGCAAGACCACCAUUACGCUGGCCUGGCAGCCCCCCCGCACCGACGGCGGAAGCCCAGUCAGAGGCUACUAUGUGGAGAAGAUGCGGUCAGACAGCACAGAGUUUGAUGUCGCGAACCGUAAAAUCUUCCCCGAGUGCUGUGGGACCAUCGAGAACCUCUCCGAGAAUCAGGAUUACCAAUUCCGGGUCAAGGCAGUGAACGAGGUCGGAGACGGGGAACCCUCUAAACCCAUCACAGCUAGGAUCCAGGAUGAUGAGAUUCCCCCUGUCAUCACCGUCCUGAAGUACUUCAAGAGUAAUGCCAUCAUUGUGAAGAAAGGAGCGGCCAUCGACAUCCCAACUGAGGUGCGAGGUCUUCCUCUGCCAACCUUGCAGUGGUCCAAGGAUGACGUGGUGAUUGAGACGCCUGACGGGGAGAAGAUGACUCUGGAGUCCGAGGAGGUCAAUCGGACCACCCUGCGGACCAGGAUCUCUGUACCGGAGACCGUCCGCUCUGACACGGGACUCUACAAGCUGCAGGCCAAGAACUGCUACGGCACAGCCCACCACUUGAUCCGCGUGGAGAUACUUGACCGUCCUCUCCCUCCAAGAAAUGUUGCCGUCUCAGACGUCAAGGCUGACUCCUGCUACCUGACCUGGGACUCUCCAGAGGACAGCGGUGGCAGUGAGAUCACCAACUACAUCGUGGAGCGCCGUGAUGCCAGCAAGAAGAAGUCUGACUUUGAGGUUCUGACAGUCAACCUCAUCGACCGCAGGCUUGGGGUCUACAAACUGGACCUGAAUGGUUCUUACCAGUUCAGAGUCAAAGCAGAAAACAAAUAUGGCAUCAGUGAUGGCUGCGACUCUGAGAAAGUCCAGCUUAAAGAUCCCUUUGGUCUUCCGGGACCACCACGCAACCCCAAGAUAAUUGGAGCCACUUCCACCACCAUGACACUGACCUGGGACCCUCCGCUGGAAAACGGUGGCUCCACCAUCCAGGGCUACUGGCUCGAGAAGAGGGAGCGAGGUGCUGUGUACUGGGGGCGUGUUAACCGCUCCCCAGUCACCAAACCGGCUGUGAAGGGACUGCAGUACACCGUGCUGAGGCUCAUAGAAGGAACCGAGUACCAGUUCAGGGUGGCGGCGAGCAACGCUGCCGGCGUGGGCCCCCCGAGCGAAGCCACUGAGUGCCGCUUUGCUGUCGACCCCUGCAAUACGCCCAGCCCCCCUGGAUCCCUUGAAGUCAAAGACAAGACUAAAAGUAGCGUCACCCUGUCAUGGAGUCCACCAGAGCGGGAUGGGGGCAGCCCGGUGAAGGGCUACAUCGUCGAGGUCCAUGAAGAGGGCUCGGCUGACUGGAGAAGAGUCGGUCCGGCAGACAAGUUGCACUCGUCCACCGAGAUCACGGUCCCUGACCUCAGGGAGGGCAAAAAGUGCCGGUUCAGGGUCUGUGCAGUAAAUGCCGCUGGCAGCUCGGAACCAAGGACUGCUGACGUGCUGGUCCAGGACAUUCUGAUCGAGCCAAACGUGUCUCUGGAAGUCAGCGCUCGUGACCUACUCAACUGCAGAGCUGGAACUACAAUCCGGAUACCUGCCGUCAUAUCAGGCAGACCCAUUCCCAAAGUCACCUGGACCUUCGAUGGCCCCGCAGAGACGGAGAAAAAGAACGAGCUGCACACACUUCCCGUGGACUCUGAGGUCCAGUCCACAGACACGAGCUCAGUGGUCACCGUGCCAGAGAGCAAACUGAGCCACAGUGGUCGCUACAUCAUCAACGCUGAGAGUCCAGCAGGACACAAAGUGGUGAAAGUCCGAGUCAACGUUCUGGAUCUCCCAGGACCAGCUCGCGACCUGAAGGUUAGUGAUGUCACCCGGGGAACCUGCCGUCUGACAUGGAAGCCUCCGGAAAGUGAUGGAGGCGAGAGAAUUAAGAGCUACUUCGUUGAGAAAAAGACGGUGGAAGGCAAAGCCUGGACCAAGGUGAACCCGGCCUGCUCUGCUCAGUCUCUGGUGGUGCCAGACUUGAUUGAAGGACAACAGUAUCUGUUCCGCAUACGAGCCGAGAAUCGUUUUGGCUUUGGACCUUACACAGAGACCCCGGAGGGUUCUCGAGCCAGGGAUCCCAUCCAUCCCCCGGAUCCCCCCACCCGACUGAAAAUCCAGAGUGUGAGGAAAGGAACUGUGACUCUGACCUGGAAGGCCCCGAAGAAUGAUGGGGGCUCUCCUGUCACACACUAUAGUGUGGAUCUGCUCUGCUGGGAAGCCAGUGGUGCUCAGAAGGAGUCGUGGAGGAGGUGCAACAGAAGAGACGUAGACACUACCAGCUUCAAGGUCGAGGAUCUAACUGAAGGAGACGAGUACGAAUUCAGAGUCCUUGCCUACAAUGAAGCAGGACCCAGUCGUCCCUCUUCAACAGCUGGCCCAAUACUCAUGCAGGACCAGACCUGUGCGCCAUCCAUCGAGCUGAAGGAGUUUAUGGAGGAGGAGCAAGGAAGCGACAUCAGAAUAGUGGCCCACAUCCGUGGAUGUCCUUUCCCAACACUUACUUGGUACAAAGCUCCACCGCACAAGUCAGACCACAAGGUGGAAGUGCAGUACGACGAGCACAUUAACAAGAUCGUGUCGGACGACAGCUGCACGCUGCUGAUCCAGCAGGGCAAGAGACCCGAUACCGGUCUCUAUACCCUGGUGGCAUCCAACAGCCUUGGCAAAGCUGCUAAGGAGAUGCGACUGAAUGUUCUAGGUCGGCCCGGCCCGCCGUCUGCCCCGAUCAAGUUUGAAGAGAUCGGUGCUGAGAGGAUCACUCUCUCAUGGCUGCCGCCUAAAGACGACGGUGGCUCCAAGGUUACCAACUAUGUGAUCUGGAGGCGAGUGGCGUCCAGAAAAACCUGGGUCCCUGUCACCAGUGAGCCUAAAGAGCGCGUGUGGACUGUGGAAAACCUCAUGGAGGGCCAUGAAUACGUGUUCCGCAUCAUGGCACAGAACAAGUACGGUGUGGGAGAUCCGCUAGAUAGCGACCCGGAGGUUGCCAGAAACCUUUACACGGUUCCCGGGCAAUGUGAAAAGCCGACCGUGACCAACAUCACCAUGGACUCCAUGACCCUCAAUUGGGAGGAGCCAGAAGAUGACGGGGGCUCCCCCAUCACCGGCUACUGGCUGGAACGCAAAGAGACAACCGGCAAACGCUGGACACGUGUCACUCGAGACCCCAUUCGCCCCAUGGGUUUGGGUGAAUCCUUUGUCGUGAGUGGACUCAUUGAGGGCUCACAGUACCUGUUUAGGGUCACUGCGAUAAAUGCUGCUGGCCCGGGACUCGCCAGCCCAACGACGGACCCGAUCUUUGCCAGGGACCCAAUCUCUCCGCCCUCCCCUCCCACACCCAGAGUGUCCGACUGGACCAAGUCUUCCGUGGACUUGGAGUGGAUUCCACCUUUGAAGGACGGAGGCUCCAAGAUUCUGGGCUACUGGGUGGAGUACAAGGAGGAGGGAACUGAAGCCUGGCUGAAGGCAAAAGACACAGAGGUCCGUGUCACUCGCUUCGUCAUCACAGGUCUGAAGACCAAUUCUCAGUACCGCUUCAGAGUCACUGCUUUUAAUGUUGCUGGCACUGGCGAACCUGGCGAGGUUCCAGAGGCCCUUGAAGUCAACGACAGAACCAUCGCUCCAGAGCUAGACCUCGACGCCUCCGUCAAGGAGAGGAUGGUGGUUCAUGCCGGUGGGACCAUCCGCAUCAUUGCCUACAUCUCUGGGCAACCCACCCCCGACGUCACCUGGAGUCGGGAUGGCGCGGCGCUGCCUCCUGAGGCCAAGGUUGAAGCCACUGCCAUCAGCUCUUCCCUGGUCAUCAAGCCCUGUGCCAGGAAACACCUUGGAAUCUACAGCCUGACCGCCAAGAAUGCCGGUGGCGAGAAGUCUAAAAAUGUGACCGUGGAAGUUCUGGACGUUCCUGGACCUGUCGGCAUUCCGCUGACGGCUGAAAACCUGAGCAGCGACUCGUGCAAGCUCAACUGGUUCUUCCCUGAGAACGACGGUGGCUCGCCCAUCAGCAACUAUGUCAUUGAAAAGCGUGAGGCCGAGAGGAAGGCCUGGACUUCACUGUUCUUUAGCGCCAGUCGUCAGAGCGCCCUCGCACAUGGACUCACCGCUGGCAAAGCCUACUUCUUCAGAGUGGCCGCAGAGAAUGCCAUCGGCGUGGGACCGUUUGUGGAAACGGCAGCAGAGAUUGUAAUUAAGGAACCAAUGAGUGUUCCCGAUCGUCCUGAGGAACUUGAAGUCACCAAGGUGACUAAGGACCUGAUCAGUGUCACUUGGAAGGCGCCAAAGUUCGAUGGUGGCUCGGAAGUCAUCAUGUACAUCCUGGAGGCACGAAUGAUCGGCAAAGACAAGUUCACUCGCCUGACUAAAGAAAAGCUGAUGGAGCGCAAGUUCACUCACGACGGACUGCGUGAAGGUGACACCUACGAGUUCAGAGUUAGUGCUGUCAACGAAGUGGGAACUAGCAAACCAUCGUUCUGCACCAAGCCCAUCACAUGCAGAGAUGAGCUCGAGCCGCCGACCAUCGAGCUGGACUUCCGUGACAAGAUCAUCAUCCGUGUCGGUGAGAGCUGCCUCCUGCAGGGCCGCUACACCGGGAAGCCCCCUCCAUCUAUCAUGUGGUACCGGGACGAUGAGGAGCUGAAGGCCGACAAGCACAUCAUGUUCAAGAACACGCUCAGCAGCAUGUCCCUGGGCCUGAUGAAGGCCGAGCGGCAGCACAGCGGCAGAUAUGUGGUGGUGGUGGAGAACAGCACAGGCUGCAGGAAGGGCCUCUGCAACAUCACCGUCGUUGAUCGCCCCACGCCCCCUGUGGGCCCAGUGGUCUUUGAGGAGGUGCAUCGCGAAUUCAUGGUGAUCUCCUGGAAACCUCCCGUGGACAGCGGAGGCGUGGAUGUGUCCAACUACAUCAUCGAGAAGAGAGACACCAAUAGGGACGCUUGGACCACGGUGACUUCAGCCACCACCAAGACCACGUGCAAGAUUCCAAAACUGACCGAAGGUCGUGAGUAUGUGAUGAGGAUAUCUGCUGAGAACAUGUAUGGCAUCAGUGACCCACUCGAGUCGGAGGAAAUGAGAGCCAAAGACCUCUUCAGAGUGCCUGAGGCUCCUGAGAUGCCCACCGUCAGGGAGGUGUAUGCUACCAAUGCACUGGUGCUGUGGACCCGCCCUCGUGAUGGAGGCAAGCCUAUCACUAACUACAUUCUGGAGAAGAAAGAACCGGCAGCAAAGCGGUGGUCCCGAGCCACCAGAGAUCCGCUGUAUCCUGCCACGCAGUAUAGAGUGCAGGACCUCAUUGAGGGAUGUGAGUACGAGUUCCGGGUGAUGGCAGAGAACGAGCUGGGAACUGGAGACCCCAGUGAACCCUCCAAGCCCAUUCUGGCCAAAGAUCCCAUUGUGCCGCCCAGUCCUCCCGUCACCCCAGAAGUCAUCGAUAAGACCAAAGACUCUGUUAGUCUCAGGUGGCAAAUGCCACGGCACGACGGCAAGGGGCGGAUCUUCGGCUACCUAGUGGAAUAUCAGAAGCCAGGAGCGGUGGAGUGGAUCCAGGCCAACGAGAAUCCAGAGCAAUGUCCCGAGCUACACUACGUGGUGACCGGCCUGACAGACGGACAAGAAUACGCCUUCAGGAUCUUCACAGUCAAUGCUGCCGGAAAGUCCGACCCGGCCUACGUGAAAGAGCCUGUCAAGGUCCACGACAGACUCGAGGAACCAGAAUUGCUUCUUGAUGCCAACAUGGCGCGGGACCACCUGGCCAUGCUGGGCACCAACAUCACUCUGAGUGCCUCUGUUCGGGGAGUGCCUCCCCCAGCCAUCAGCUGGAAGAAGGAAGAUGGAGACAUGCCGUCCCACAUCACCGUGGCCACCACCGCUACGGCCAGUAAAGUCUUUAUCCCCAAGUGUGUGCGACUGGACUCUGGAAAGUACACAAUCACUGCUGAGAACUCUGUUGGAAAGAAGUCUGCCACCGUUGCUGUGCUGGUUCUGAACAAACCCUCACCUCCUCGAGACCUGGCGAUCUCUGAGGUCACAAGCGAGUCCGCCUACCUGACCUGGAAAGCCCCGGAGGACAACGGCGGUGCUGUCAUUUCACACUAUGUGGUGGAGAAAAAGGAUGUGGCAGCGGAGCAAUGGGUCCCAGUUUCUGCUGCCAAUAAGAAGCCAAGUCUGAUGGCCAUGUACCUCAUGGAAGGAAUCCAGUAUUUGUUCCGGGUAGCUGCAGAAAACCAGUUUGGCAGAAGUGACUAUGUCACAACCAAGACCCCCGUCAAGGCUGUCGAUCCACUCUACCCCCCUGGGCCGCCAAAGAACCUUCACCACACCGAUGCUGAAAAGACAGAGGUGUGGCUCCAGUGGGAGUGGCCAGAUCGCACCGGUGGAAGCGAGGUUACCGGCUUCCUCGUGGAGCACCAGGAGGAAACUCAGAGUGACUGGGUUAGUUUCAAGACAGUCGGCAACAAUCAUGCCCAUGUGACUGGUCUGGAGGAGGGAAAGACGUACCGCUUCAGAGUCAAAGCCCAGAAUGCCAUCGGCAUCAGCCGUCCAGACACCAGUGUGCCUGUCACCUGCCAAGAGAAGACACUUCCCCCCACUAUUGAAGUCGACGUGAAGCUGAUUGAAGGCUUGGUUGUCAAGGCGGGCAACACAAUCGUCCUCCCGGCAAAAAUGACCGGGAUCCCCACCCCCACAGCCAAGUGGAUGACGGACGGCAAGGAAAUCAUGUCCGAGGGACGCUACCAAAUCGAGUCUGUUGGCUCAUCCACGGUCCUCAGUAUACCAGCGUGCAAGCGAGAGGAAACCGGCGAAUACAUCUUGACGGUGUCUAACCCGGCUGGCAGCAAAACCGUGGCACUGCAUGUGACUGUGCUGGAUCUCCCCGGCCCCCCCAUCGGUCCUGUGAACCUCUUAGAAGUAACACCAGAUUACAUGAUGAUCCAGUGGCGGGCUCCCAAGGACGACGGGGGCACGCCCAUCACCAACUACAUAGUUGAAAAGAAGGACGUAAAGAAACCGUGGGAGCCAUGGUCCGUGGUCAGUUCUGGUGGCAUCAGCACCAAAGCCAAAGUGUCUCGGCUUGAAAAGGGAAGAGAGUACAUUGUUCGUGUGCGUGCAGAGAACAAGAUUGGCAUUGGUUCAGGCCUAGAGAGCCCCCCAACCGUUGCCAAGCACAUGUUCAAUCCCCCUGGUCCACCUGGUCUUCCCCUGUGCUCCGACAUUACCGAAAACGCUGUCACUGUGGAGUGGACUCUCCCAGACCAUGACGGGGGCAGUCCCAUCAGUGGCUACGUGGUGGAGCGCAGAGAGAUGACAGGAAAGUGGAUUCGAGUCAACAAGACUCCCGUGUUGGACCUGAGGUACCGGGUGUCUGGCCUGUUUGAAGGCAACAGCUAUGAGUUCAGAGUGUUUGCCGAAAACAUCGCUGGAAUAAGUGAACCCUCACUUACCUCGGACCCCAUCAAGGCCACUCGUGCCAUCACCAAACCUGGGCCACCGGGAAAUCUCAAGCUGAAGGACUGGAGCAAGUCCUAUGCAGAUAUCUGCUGGACCAAGCCCACCCGAGAUGGAGGUAGUCCUGUCCUGGGCUACGUGGUUGAGAUUCAGAAGUCCGGGUCAGCCCAGUGGGACCGGGUCAACAAAGAACUGAUCAAGAUGUGUGCCUUCCGAGUUCAGGGUCUCAUCGAAGGGAUGGAGUACCGUGUCCGGAUCAGGGCAACCAACAAGGUGGGGGACAGCGAACCCAGGGAGCUGGCUGAUAAGAUCCUGGCCAAGGACAUUCUGGUCCCACCAGAAGUUGUGGUAGACGUGUCAUGUCGAGAUUCACUCACUGUCCGGGCGGGACAGAUUGUCAGUCUCAUCACCAGGGUCAAGGGCAGGCCGGACCCAGAGAUCACCUGGACAAAGGACGCCAGAGCACUGUCUCGCGAUAAACGCACUGAGAUAAACAACCAUUACCCUCUGUGCGAACUAGUCAUCAACGACGCUGUCCGCUCUGACUAUGGGAAGUACGCCAUUGUUGCCAAGAACAGCAGUGGGCAGGCGCAGGCCACCAUCAUUGUCAAUGUUCUGGACACCCCUGGGGCCUGUCAGAAUAUCAAGGUGGCCUAUGUGACGAAGAACUCCUGCAUGGUAUCCUGGGAAAACCCAGAGGACAACGGUGGCACCGAAAUCACCCAGUACAUUAUUGAGUGCCGUCAACCCAGUCAGAGAGGAUGGACCUUGGUGUCCAACGACUGCACAAAGCGUAUGAUGAAAGCUCCACUGACAGAGGGCUGCGAAUAUUUCUUCCGUGUCAGUGCAGAGAACAAGAUUGGGGCCGGACCGCCGACCGAGACCAAGACCCCUGUGCUGGCCGUGGAUCCCAUUGAGAAGCCCGGGGAACCCACAGACUUCCAGAUCGCCGAGAUUGGCAAGACCUUCUGUUUCCUCAAGUGGAAGAAGCCGGACUAUGAUGGCGGCAGCCGCAACCUGGGAUACCAUGUUGAGAAAAGGCCUAAAGAAGCCGAGGAAUGGGAGCGACUCCACAAGGGGGCAAUAAAGGAGACCUACUUCAUGGCCGAUAGAUGUCUAGAAAACCAGAUCUACCAGUUCAGAGUGCAGACUAAGAAUGAAGGCGGGGAGAGUAACUGGGUUACGACAGCCGAGGUUCUGGUGAAGGAACAGCUAGUGGAGCCAGAGAUAAAGAUCAAGCUGGAUGGAACACUGGUUGUCAAAGCUGGAGACUCCAUUCCCAUUGAGGCCAUAGUCAAGGGCAAACCCCAGCCUGACGUCAAGUGGACCAGAGACGACAGUGAGGAGGAGAUGAAGAAGAGCCCAAGACUUCAAAUGGAAACGGGUGCCGAGUUCUCAAAGCUUUUGCUGACUGGUGCCAGGCGCACAGACAGCGGCAGAUACGUCAUCACAGCGUCCAAUUCUGCUGGCAAAUGCUCAGCGCAUGCCAAAGUCAAUGUCUUAGACAGACCUGGACCCGUCAGGGACCUCAAAGUGUCUGGCAUAACCAAUGACAGGUGUCAUCUGUCUUGGGAGAUCCCAGAGGACGACGGUGGCUGUGACAUCUACAACUACAUCAUCGAAAAGUGUGAAACCAAAAGAGGCGUAUGGUCCGUCCACUCCAACGCCGUGAUCACUAAUAAAGCCAACGUCACCCGACUCGUUGAGGGCAACGAGUACGUCUUCCGAGUCCGCGCUGAGAACAAGAUGGGUCCCGGACCCGCUGAGCAAAGUGAAGCUAUCAUGGCCGGAACCCAGUUUAGUGUCCCAGGGGUGCCUGAAGCUCCAGAGGUCACCAAGAUCUCUAAGGAGGAGAUGACGGUGGAAUGGUCUGAGCCCGAGAAGGAUGGGGGGAAACCCAUCACUGGUUACCUGCUGGAGAAGAGGGAGGAGCAUGCCGUCAGAUGGUCACCUGUGAACAAAGACCCAGUACCCGGAACUCGAUUCACCGUGACAGGACUCCUGCCUCUCCACGACUAUCAGUACAGAGUCAAAGCGGUCAAUGAAAUUGGCAUUGGCGGAGCCAGCAAACCAUCCCGUGCCAUUACGGCAAAGGACGCCAUCGAAGUUCCAGCUCCACCCACAAAUCUGAAGGUCUUGGAUAGCACCAAGUCCACUGUGACCCUGGGAUGGGUGAAGCCUGUGUCUGAUGGUGGCGCCCCCAUAAUCGGCUACGUGGUAGAGAUGAGAGUCCAGGGAAGUGCUAAGAAAGGGGAUGAUGGCUGGAAGCGCUGCAAUGUUGCUGCUCAGCUGGUCGUGUGUGAAUUCACCGUCUCAAGUCUGGAUGAGAAAUUGGUGUAUGAAUUCAGGGUUUCUGCUCAGAACCAGGUGGGCAUGAGCACCCCCUGUGACCUGCAGGGAGCCAUCAUACCUCGAGAGAUUUUGGAGGCACCUGAGAUCGAGCUGGACGCUGACCUGAAGCAGGGACUCACGGUCAGAGCUGGUUGUCCCAUCAGACUCUGUGCCACCAUCAGAGGCAGACCUCCUCCCAGAGUGACCUGGAGGCGGAUGGGCAUCGACAACGUUGUUCGAAAAGGUCACGUGGACAUCAUCGACACCAUGACCUUCUUAGUCAUCCCUGACAGCACCCGGUCCGACUCCGGCAAGUACUGUCUGACGGUGCAGAGUCCGGCCGGGGAAAAAGCGGUGUUCGUCAAUGUCAAGGUUCUGGAUACUCCGGGACCUGUCUUGAAUCUGGAGGCCACUGACAUCCUGCAAACGUCCGCCAUGCUCUCAUGGAGUCCGCCUGAGAAUGAUGGGGGAAGUGAAAUUCUGCACUACAUCGUGGAAAAACGUGCAAUUGACAAAAAGACAUGGGCCACUGUCAAGGCCGAGGUGGACAAGGACAAGAUUCCCUUCAAAGUCUCCGGUCUCAUGUCUGGAACCGAGUAUUACUUUAGAGUAACUGCAGUCAAUGAGUAUGGCUCUGGAGUUCCGAGAGUGUCUCCGACAUCCUACUUGGCCUCCGACCCUGUCAGUAAACCAGAUCCUUGUGAAAAGAUGGAGGUUCUGGAGAUCACCAAGAACAGUGCCACCGUCGGCUGGGUGAAGCCUGCAAGGGAUGGUGGAGCCAAAAUCGAUGGUUAUGUUAUCGAGUACAUCGAGGUGAAACCUCUUCCAGAACCACCGGCACCUGUCGAGGUUCCAGAGGGAGAGGAGGCUCCUGCCCCUGCCCCUGCCCCCCCACCUCCACCAGUGGAGGAGGAAGACGAAGAAGUGGAGCCGGAGAAGGAGGUGUGGAAUGCAUACACCACGGUGAAGGGUCUGACCAUCAGCAUCAGCGGCUUAAAAGAAGGGAAGAGAUACAAGUUCAGAGUGGCUGCCAAAAACAUCAUGGGCCUGAGUUUGUUUACCGAGACGAGACAGCCGGUGGAGAUACGCGAGCAGAUAUUGGAGCCAAAGAUUGUCAUGCCGGAGAUGGCGAGUGCCAGAGCUGGAGCCAAGCUCAGGGUGGAGGCACUCGUGUCGGGAAAGCCUUCGCCCAGCUGCAAGUGGAUGCGCGGCACAGAGGCCGUGGUCCCAUCCAGCCGCCUCGCGGUGCACCAGUCUGGUAAUAUGUGUGUGCUGAUCAUCAAGGAUGUCUCCAGGAUGGACAGUGGCGAGUACAGCCUCGUAGCUGAGAACAUCUCUGCCAAGGUGGUGGAGUCCAUGAAGAUUGUCAUCAAGGACAUCCCAGGACCUCCUGAAGGCCCUGUGGAGGUAGGGGACAUUGACUCCGACUCCUGCUCCCUCUCCUGGAACAAACCGCUGGAGGAUGGUGGAACCAACAUCACCAACUACGUGGUGGAGAAGUGUGACCUCAGUCGUGGGGACUGGGUGACAGCUGUCUCGUCCUGCCCUAAAACCACGUGCAGACUUGGUAAACUCAUCCCUGGAAAGGAGUAUGUGUUCCGCAUACGUGCUGAGAACCGCUAUGGCGUCUCCGACCCCAUCCAGUCUGACAGGAUGAUUGCCAAGUUCCCCUUCGAUGUCCCCAGUGAACCCCUAAACUGCCGAAUCAACAAGACAAACAAAGACUGCAUGUUCGUGGCCUGGGACAAACCUGAGAGUGACGGUGGUAGCCCAAUUACUGGAUACUACAUCGAGCGCAAGGAACGCAACAGCCUGUUGUGGGUGAAGGCGAACGACACGGUGGUCCGCACCACUGAGUACCCCUGUGCGGGUCUGAUCGAGGGUCUGGAAUAUACCUUCAGAGUGUCGGCCAUCAACCGUGCAGGUCAGGGCAAACCAAGCAAGAAGACCGACUUUGUCACAGCCAGGACACCAGUCGACACGCCUGGCAAACCAGAGGUCCUGGACGUUACGAAAAAUUCAGUUACCCUGGUAUGGGCUCGUCCCAAAAAUGAUGGCGGCAGUAAGAUAAUCGGAUAUUAUGUGGAGGCGUUGAGGGUCCCGGGGGACUCCUGGGUUCGCUGCAACACCAGCAGUCAAAAUGUUCCCAGAGAGGAGUACACGGUGACUGGCCUGGAGAGGGACCUGCAGUACCAGUUCCGAGUCAUUGCUAAGACUGCUGUCAACAUGAGCAAACCCUCGGAGCCAACAGACCCCAUUCUUGUUUGUGCUGAAAAUGUGCCUCCACGGGUGGAGCUGAAUGCACGGAUGCAGAAGGGUUUCAAAGUAAAGGCGGGAACCACAGUCCUUCUGGAGGCCGACGUGUUCGGUAAACCCAUGCCUCGAGUCACUUGGAAGCGAGGUGACGACAGCCUCAAGUCCGCUGAGGGCCAAGUGAUCACCAAACAGAGAGAACACUGUCAGCUGGAGAUGACCGCAGUCACCAAGGACCAGACAGGGACCUACACAGUUCUGGCUGAGAAUGCCAGUGGGUCCAAGUCUGCUGAAAUCAGUGUCGUUGUCCUUGAUGUUCCUGGGCCGCCUGCCGCUGCCCAGUACCUGGAGGUGUUUUCUACAAGCAUCAAACUUGCCUGGGAAGCACCGCUGAAGGACGGCGGCUCGCCUGUCAGCAACUACAUCGUGGACAAGCGUGAGACCAGCCGAGCCAACUGGGCACAGGUGGCCAGCAAGAUCAAGAAGGACACCCUGGAGCUGACCGUGGAGAAGUUGAUUGAGGGUCAUGAGUACCAGUUCAGAAUACGCGCUGAAAACACCUGGGGAGUGGGAGACGCUCUCGUAACGAACCCUGUCAUCGCCAAGAACCCUUUCACUGUUCCUGGACCCUGCGAGGCGCCAGUGGUCACCAACAUCACCAAGGAGAGUAUGACCGUAAGCUGGAAGGAGCCAGCAGACGACGGGAAGUCCACUAUUCAGGGCUACAUGUUGGAGAAGAAGGAGACCAAAGAAAUGAAUUGGACCCGGCUGAACAGGAAGCCGAUGACGGACAGGAGCCUGGAAGUCGCUGGUCUCACGGAAGGAGUGGAGUAUGAGUUCAGAGUGUCUGCCGUCAACCAGGCGGGAACUGGCAAAGCCAGCGAGCCCUCAGCCGGCGCCGUGGCCCAGAAUCCCAUCACGCCACCUGGUCCUGUCGUGAACCCAAGCGUGGCUGACACGUCCAACAGCUCCAUUAGCCUCACUUGGACUGCUCCUGCCAGCAAUGGUGGAAGCCCCAUCCUGGGAUACCUCGUGGAAUGCAAGAGAACCGAUUCAACGGACUGGAUCCGCUGUAAUGUCCCCCGGAAUCUGCAGGACACCGAUUACACCGUUCAGAACCUGAUCCACAAGGCAGAGUACCAGUGCCGCGUGACUGCCGUCAACAAGGUUGGCUUCAGUGAGGCUGUCGAAGUUCCUGGCAAGCACGUUGCAAAGGAUGUCAUCGUUCCUCCUGAAGCAGAAUUCAGUGCCGAGCUGAAGGACGGGCUCGAGCUCCGUGCUGGCGCCACCAUGAGGCUGCAGGCAACAGUCAAGGGUCGCCCAAUACCCCGAAUCACUUGGGCCAAGAUGAACACCAACAUCAAAGACAGACAGGGAAUCAUGAUCAAGUCCAGCAACACUGACACCUGCGUGGUGGUGGAGAACGUCAAUCGAUACGAUGCUGGGAAGUACAUCCUCAACCUCGAGAGCUCUUCCGGCAUGAAGAUGUACACCGUCGUCGUCAAGGUUCUCGACACUCCCGGACCCCCAGUCAACUUGAUGGUCAAGGAGACCAACAAGGACAGUGCGUCCAUCUACUGGGACGCUCCUCUGAUUGACGGGGGCUAUGAAGUCACGCACUACAUCGUUGAAAAACGAGACACCGAGAGGAAGGCCUGGUCGAUCGUCUCCAACAGUUGCCCCAAGACCUUCGUCAAGGUGCCAGAUCUCAACGCCGGACACUCUUACUGCUUCAGAGUGUCCGCAGUGAACCAGCUUGGUGCCGGAGAGAGCUGCGAGACCGUGGACUCCGUCAGAGCAUCUGAGGAGCCAGGGCCAGUCAUGGACUUCAAGACGUUGCUAGUCACCAAGGAUUCCUGCACACUGAGUUGGAAGAAACCACUCACUGACGGCGGAUCCCGCAUCAUCUGCUAUGUGCUGGAGGUCCUGAAUGGUGAUGACAAGUACAAGGAACUGAUGAGGUCCAAAAACAUGCAGUACAGUGCCAAGGACCUGGUGGAGGGUAAAGAGUACAACUACAGAGUCAAGGCUGUCAAUGACACUGGCGAGAGUGCUGCCAAGGAGCUGACUGUCGUGGCCAAGGACCAGAUCAUCCAUCCCAGCUGCGACCUGAAGGAGUUGCCCAACAUGUGCUACAUCGCCAAAGAGGGCAGCACGGUCCGCCUGAAAAUCCCCAUCAUCGGCAAACCCACCCCCAAGGUCUCCUGGAAGAAAGGGGAGGACGAAGACCUGACAGACACGGGUCGCGUUUGUGCCGAGUCAUCCGCAGUCAACACCACGCUCCUGAUCAGAGACUGCCAGAGGAGCGACGCCUGCAAGUACACUAUCACACUGCGGAACAGUGCGGGCAGCAAGGAGUCCACCAUCUUUAUCAGGGUGGUGGGGAAGCCUGGAAUCCCAGUUGGACCGGUCAAGUUCAAGGAUGUGACAGCAGACGGGGCCACGCUGAAGUGGUGUGCUCCCAAGGACGACGGGGGCUCAGAGAUCACCAACUACAUCCUGGAGAAGAGAGAUUCCAUCACCAACAUGUGGGUGACUGUGUCCUCGGCAGUUGAGACCAGCAGCAUGAGGGUCACCGGCCUUCACGAGGGCACUGAGUACAUUUUCCGGGUCUGCGCUGAGAACAAGUACGGCGUAGGCGAGGGACUGAAGUCGGAACCCACAGUGGCUAAACACCCCUUCAAUGUUCCAGAUGCUCCUGCACCGCCUCAGAUCGUUAGCAUGAGGCACAACUCUGCAUACCUGGCCUGGAAUGACCCCAGGAAGACAGGAGGAUCUCCCAUUACUGGCUACCAUGCAGAGUUCAAGGAGCGCAACAGCAUGUUGUGGAAGAGGGCCAGUUCCGCCCCGCUCCGGAUGAAGGAACACAAGGUGACCGGACUGACUGAAGGUCUGGAGUAUGAAUUCCGGGUCAUGGCUAUAAACCUGGCUGGGAUUGGACGACCGAGUGGCCCGACUGAUCCCCAAGUCGCUCUGGAUCCUAUCGACACUCCAGGGAAACCAGAUGUGAUCAGCAUCACCAGAAGCACGGUGACGCUGCAGUGGACCGAGCCACAGUUCGAUGGCGGACACAGACUGACCGGCUACAUUGUGGAGAGACGCGACCUCCCGUCCAAGAUCUGGGUGAAGGCUAACAACGUGAACGUGGUGGAUCCCGCCUUCACCGUCACAGACCUGCAGGAGGGCUGCAAGUACGAGUUCAGGAUCAGAGCUAAGAACUCUGCUGGCGCGCUUAGCCCGCCCUCCGAGCAGACGGAUACCAUCAUCUGCAGGGACGAAUAUGCUGCGCCAACGAUCAUCAUCGAUGCACAAGUGAUGGAAGGACUGACUGUGAGAGCGGGAGACACCAUCGUCAUCACCGCCACAAGUAUUCUGGGAAAGCCAGCUCCAACGUCCUGCUGGUCCAAGGGAGGAAAGUACUUUAAACCCUCUGACAUCGUGGGGAUUGAGACAACUGCGACCUCCUCCACUCUGUCUGUCAAGUACGCUGGGAGGAAGGACUCCGGGGACUACGUCAUCACUGCCAGCAACCCCUUCGGUGUGAAGGAAGAGACAGUGAAGGUCAAGGUUUUGGACGUCCCAGCAUCACCUGGUCCCAUCGAGUGCUGCGGCAUCUCCUCUCAGAAAGUAACCCUUACUUGGACGGCCCCGACUGAAGACGGAGGCUCUCCUAUUAAGUACUACACCCUGGAGAAAAGGGAGACGAGUCGCCUUCUAUGGACCAUCCUGGAGGAAAAGGUCCUUGACUGUCACUAUGUGGCGAACAAGCUCAUCCAGGGCAACGAAUACAUCUUCCGAGUGUCCGCAGUGAACCAGUAUGGCGCCAGCGAGCCUGCUCACUCCGAGCCGGCAAAGAUGGUCGACAGAUUCGGUCCACCAGGUCCACCGUCUAAACCUGAAGUUGAGGGUGUUAAUGGUCACUCGGCCACAGUGACCUGGAGGAGGCCCACAGAGGAUGGAGGAAGUGACAUCAUCGGAUAUUGUGUGGAAAAGAAGGAGAAGAAAGCCAUGCGAUGGGUCAGGGCGUCCAAAAAGUCGAUAGGUGAACUGAGCUAUCACGUCACUGGACUUAGCGAAGGUAAUGAGUAUGAGUUCAGAGUCUUGGCAGAGAACUUGGCAGGCUUCGGAGAGCCGAGUGAACCGUCGAUGACCAUCAGAACCGUGGUCGAGGCCUACGUUCCUGGACCACCAGUAAACCCAAGAGUCACUGACACAACCAAAGCCACCGCCACCCUCAACUGGGGGAAACCGCUUGACAACGGUGGUCUGGACAUUACCGGAUACAUCAUCGAGCACAACAAAGACGGAGCAGAGGAGUGGGUCAAAGACACGCCUUCUUCUCCUCUGAGAAUCACUGAGUUUGUUGUGCCCAAUUUGGAGACGGGAGCCAAGUACCGCUUCAGGAUUAGUGCAGUGAAUGCCAAAGGAGCCGGAGAGCCUGCAGAGACCCCGGAGCCAACAGAGAUUGUGGAGCGGGAGGCCGAGCCUGCUUUUGAGCUGGAUGUGGAGCUCCGGCGAACUCUGGUGGUUCGGGCCGGCUGCUCCAUUCGCCUCUUCGUGCCGAUCAAGGGGCGCCCGACGCCUUCAGUCAUAUGGACGAAAGCCGGGGGUCCGGUGCCACGUGCUGUCAUCGACAGCACCGAGUCCUUCACGAUGCUGAUCAUCCCGGAAAGUUCCAGGAUCGACGCAGGACAAUACGAACUCACCUUGCAGAACUCCUCUGCAACAAAGAGCGCCACCAUCAAUGUUCGAGUUCUAGACUCGCCUGGACCCCCCUUGAACCUGAAGCCGUUAAAGAUUAACAAAGAGAGCAUCAGCCUUCAGUGGGAGGUGCCCCUCAUAGACGGUGGGGCUAAAGUAACAAAUUACAUCAUUGAGAAAAGAGAAUCCACUCGCAAAGCGUUUGCCACGGUGAUCACUCACUGCCCAACAACAUCAGUCAGCAUCCCGGACCUCUGUGAAGGCUGUGAGUAUUACUUCCGAGUCUCAGCUGAGAAUGAGUAUGGAAUUGGUGAGGCGGUGGAAACAUCCGACCCAAUCCGGGCCUCUCAGACACCGACGCCCCCAGAGAGCAUUAUUCCAGCCGACAUCACCAAGAAUUCCGUGAGUCUGGUCUGGACAAAACCCAAACAUGACGGUGGCAGCAGGAUAACCGGAUAUGUUCUCGAGGCUCAGAAAAAGGGGACAGAUCAGUGGGCUCAUGUGACCACUGUGAAGAGCAUGGACUACACUGUGAAGAACCUGAACGAGAAUGAGGAGUAUGUCUUCCGAGUCAUGGCUGUCAACCAUUCAGGCAGAAGUCUCCCGAGAGAAAGCAAACCCAUUGUUGUCAAGGACUCCACCUCUCUUCCAGAGUUCGACCUGCGUGGUGUGUGUCAGAAAACUGUCAUUGCAAAAGCAGGAGAUGACAUCAAGGUGGAGAUUCCAGUGAUGGGACGCCCGAGACCAACGGUGUCUUGGCUAAAGGACGGCGCAUCCCUGAAGCUGACUCAGAGAACUAAUGUGGAGACCACCUCGGCCACCGUCAUUCUCAGCAUCAAUGAGUGCACCAGAGCUGACAGCGGUGUUUACACUCUUACUGGAAAGAACAGCGUGGGGUCUGUGACCGACAACAUCAUCGUCAAAGUGCACGAUGUUCCUGGACCUCCAAAGGGACCAGUCAAAAUUGUGGAAAUGUCACGAACCUACUGUGUCUUUGCAUGGGAAACACCGGAAAACGACGGAGGUGUCCCCAUUACCAACUAUGUGGUCGAGAUCCGGGACACCUCCACACAGACAUGGACGGAGUUGUCCUCCUCUAUUAUCCGCACAACGUUCAAAGCCAUCCGUCUGACAACGGGCUCCGAGUACCAGUUCAGGAUCAAGGCCAAAAAUCGAUACGGAGCUGGAACGCCAAUCACCUCAGAGGCGGUCGUGGCAGCAUAUCCGUUCAAAGCACCCGGACCCCCGGGUACUCCCAAUGUUGUGGCUUUCACCAAGGACUCCAUAACAAUCGGAUGGAACGAGCCAGUGUCUGAUGGCGGUAAUGAAGUCAUGGGCUACCAUGUUGAGAGGAAAGAAAGAAGCAGCAUAAUGUGGCAGAAGAUCAGUAAAGGUAUGGUUAAAGGCAACAUUUUCAAGACCAUCGGCCUGGAGGACGGAGUGGCCUAUGAGUUCCGAGUGAUGGCCGAAAACAUGGCUGGAAUUGGAAAACCAAGCAAAGCCUCCGAACCUAUUCUUGCGCUGGACCCAGUGGACCCACCGGGUCAGCCUGUGCCCACGUCUGUGAAUAAGAAUGUCAUCACCAUCCAGUGGACGAAACCAGAGUACGAUGGCGGCUUCAAGAUCACAGGAUACACCGUGGAGAAGAGAGAGCUUCCCGCGGGUCGCUGGAUGAGGGCCAACUUUACAAACAUUCUCGAGACCACCUUUACUGUCAGCGGGCUGACUCAAGACAUGUCCUAUGAGUUCCGCGUGAUGGCCCGAAACUCAGCCGGGGCGGUGAGCGUACCCUCGGACCCCUCGGACCCCAUCACCUGCAAAGAUGACAUCAUCGAACCACGGAUCAUGGUGGAUGCCAUCUUCAAGGACGUGGUCCUGCUUAAGGCUGGGGAGUCCUUUAAGCUGGAUGCCGAUGUAGCCGGACAGCCGAGCCCAUCCAUGGUCUGGACCAAGAAUGGGAAGGAGGUUGAGAACACGCUCAAGCUGGACGUCAAGUUCACCGAACUGACAACAGUGCUGACAAACAAGGACUCUGUCAGAGCUGAUGGAGGCGAGUUUGUCUUGACAGCAACAAAUGUUGGUGGAUUCUGUAAACACAUUUUCAAGGUUAAAGUCCUUGACCGACCAGGGCCACCUGCUGGACCCCUAGGGGUGUCAAAUGUCACCGCGGACAACUGUGUCCUGUCCUGGGGUCCCCCGGCGGACGACGGUGGAGCCAAAAUUGAAGGCUAUACGAUUGAGAAACGUGAAUCCAGCAGACUGGUGUGGACAAACGUGGUCUCUGAUCUGCAGGUGACUGAGUUCAAGGUGCCCAAGCUGUUGAAAGGAAACGAAUACAUCUUCCGAGUCAUGGCCAUGAACAAAUAUGGACAAGGGGAACCACUUGACUCUGAACCAACCAUUGCAGACAACCCCUACGUGGUUCCAGAUUCUCCAGAAGGGGUGGAGGUGACGGCCAUCACCAAAGACUCCAUGGUUAUCAUGUGGCAGGCGCCAAAGAAUGACGGCGGGACUCCAGUGACCAACUACAACAUCGAGAGAAAAGACCGAAUCGGACUCCGCUGGGUGAAAUGCAAUAAAAGAAAAGUGAAAGACCUUCAGUUUAAAGCAUCAGGACUUGUUGUCGGACAUGAAUAUGAGUUCAGAGUCUUGGCAGAGAAUGCUGCUGGACUGAGUGCUCCAAGUGCAUCCAGUCCUUUCUACAAGGCCACCGACGCCCUGUACAAACCAGGGGCCCCAUGCAAUCCGAGGUUACUUGACACAACCAAGUCGUCCAUAACCGUGGCCUGGAACAAGCCCAUGUACGAUGGCGGCUCCAGUAUCACCGGCUACAUUGUGGAGACAUGUGUCCCGACCGAAAAGGAGGAGGAAGAGGAGUGGACAAUUGUCACACCCAAAGGCGGCCUCGUAGCAACCUGCUUCACCAUCACUGGCCUCAAGGAGAACCAGGAGUACAAGAUCAACAUCUCUGCUCUCAACAGCGAGGGUGUGGGUGAGGCCGCAUCUGUUCCCGGACUUCCCAAAGCUGAGGACAGACUCGUACCGCCAGAGAUAGACGUGGAUGCUGAGCUCAUGAAGGUUGUUAGUCUCAGGGCCUGCUGCUCGCUCAGGCUGUUUGUACCUAUCAGGGGGAGACCGGUUCCUCAAGCCAAGUGGACCAAAGAGGACGGAGAAGCCAUUGAGAGAGCAACCAUCGACACCACGACUUCUUACACGUCACUCGUUAUUGAGAAUGUGAACAGAUUCGACAGUGGUAAAUACAACCUCACAGUUGAGAACAGCUCAGGAAGCAAGACUGUCUCAGUUCAAGUGAGAGUGCUCGAUACACCCAGUGCUCCAAGGAACCUGAAGAUCACUGCUGUGACUUGCCAGUCAGUCACUCUGACGUGGGAUUCACCAGCCAAUGACGGUGGGGUCAAAAUUAAGAAUUACAUUGUGGAGAAGCGCGAGUCAACAAGGAAAGCCUAUGCAACAGUCAGUGCAAUGUGCCACCAGAACACUUUCACCGUGGAGCAGCUGCUGGAAGGCUGCAACUACUACUUCAGAGUCCUGGCUGAGAAUGAAUAUGGCAUCGGUUUACCCAUAGAGAGCGGGGAGUCGAUUAAAGUGUCUGAAAAGCCCCAGCCGCCAGGCAAGAUCACACUGAAGGAUGUCACAAAGACCAGCGUAACACUGGGCUGGGAAAAGCCUGAGCACGACGGCGGCAGCAGAGUCGGAUGUUACGUUGUUGAAGUCCAGCCCAAAGGAGUCGAUAAAUGGACUCAGGCACUGAUCGUCAAAGAGACAGAAGCUACGAUCAGUGGGCUCAAUGCCGGUGAGGAGUAUUCGUUCCGGGUAGCGGCAAGGAAUGAGAAGGGAACCAGUGACCCCCGGCAAAUCGGAGUGCCGGUCAUCGUAAAAGAUUUAGUCAUCCUUCCGGCUGCAAAACUGCUCUUCAACACGUUCAGCGUGUUGGCCGGGGAGGACCUGGCUAUCGAGGUCCCAUACAUCGCUCGUCCAAAAGCCUCUGUCUCCUGGGUCAAGGACAGCCAGCCGCUGAAGCGAACCACCAGAGUGAACUUUGGUGCAACAGACACGCUGCUGAAGCUCAACAUUAAAGAGGCAUCCAAGGAUGACUUCGGGCACUACCACAUCACCAUUAGCAACACAGCUGGUGAGACGACGGCAGACAUUGGCAUUGUUGUCCUGGACAAACCAGGCCAACCACAGGGUCCGGUCCAAGUGGAAGAAGUUACCUCUGACAGUGUGACCAUCUCAUGGAAGGCACCUGAGUAUGAUGGUGGCUGUACCAUCAAAAACUACAUUGUUGAGAAAAGAGACACUUCCACCACCAACUGGAUGGUCGUCGCUCCUAACCUGGCGAGGACCCAAGUCAAAGCUGGGCGGCUGAAGACUGGAUCUGAAUACCAGUUUAGAAUCACCGCUGAAAACCGAUACGGAAAAGGACCUGUGUUAGUGUCCGAGUGUAUCGUGGCUCAGUACCCAUACAAGCUCCCGGGACCCCCUGGAACUCCUUCGGUAAGCAGCUGUACCAGGGACAGCAUGGUGGUCGCCUGGAACGAACCAGUGAACGACGGAGGCAGCGCAAUCCUUGGCUACCAUCUUGAACGCAAAGAGAGAAACAGCAUUUUGUGGGUCAAACUCAACAAGUCUCUGAUCGUUGACCAGACCUUCAAGACCUCAGGCUUGGAGCCCGGGAUGGAGUACGAGUUCCGGGUUUAUGCAGAAAACAUUGUUGGCAUCGGCAAGGUCAGCAAGGUGUCCGAGGGACAAAUUGCCAGAGACCCGUGUGACCCUCCAGGCACUCCGGAAGCCACCAAGAUUACCAGAGACUCCGUCACAAUUGUUUGGACAAAGCCAGAGUACGACGGUGGCGCCAAGGUGACCGGCUACAUAGUGGAAAAGAAGGAUCUCCCAGAGGGGCGCUGGUUGAAGGCUAACUUCACCAACAUCAUUGAGACUGAGUACACUGCGACUGGUCUUGUGGAAGGCAGCCAGUAUGAGUUCCGCGUCAUAGCUAGAAAUGCUGCCGGUGUCUUCAGUUUACCCUCUUACAGCACUGGGCCAAUAGCUGCCAUGGACGAAAUUGAGCCGCCGAACUACAGCAUCGACCCUGAAUACACGCAGAUCAUAACUGUCAACGCGGGAGAUAACUUCAAGAUUGACGCAGAUGUUCGUGGCAAACCGCUGCCUUCCAUUCACUGGCUGAAGGCCGGUGUCGAGCUCGCCAACACCAUCCACAGAGAGAUCAAGAACACAGACGUCAAAGCCUGCAUUUCAGUCAAAGAAGCCAAACUCUCAGAUGGAGGCCAGUACACUCUGAUGCUGAGAAACCCGGGUGGGGAGAAGCUGGUGUUGAUCAAUGUUGUGGUCUUGGAUAAACCCGGAGAGCCUCAGGGACCGAUUGCCGUCACUGGCAUCACUAAAGACAGAUGCUCCCUUUCCUGGAAAGUCCCAAUUCAAGACGGUGGCAGCCAAAUUUCACACUACGUUGUUGAGAGGAGAGAGACCAGCAGACUGGUCUGGACAGUCGUCGACCCUAAAGUGGAAAACACUUAUCUGAGAGUGAGCAAGCUCCUCGAGGGAAACGAGUACAUCUUCAGAAUUCGUGCAGUCAACCCGUUUGGUGCCGGCGCAGCCUUGGAAUCAGCGCCAGUGGUCAUCACAGACCCAUUCACUCCACCCAGUGCGCCAAAGAACUUGGAAGUCUCCGACAUUAAGAAGGACUCCAUGCUUCUCGCGUGGGAGGCACCUUCUGAGGAUGGUGGGAGCCCCGUCCUCAGGUAUGUCAUUGAAAAACAUGACAAGGAGGGAGUUCGGUGGACGAGGUGCAACAGGGAAGCCGUUUCCCAGCUCACCUACAGAGUGCCUGGCCUCCUGGAAGGACACAGCUAUGAAUUCAGAGUAGCUGCAGAAAACGCUGUCGGCGUUGGAGAGCCCAGCUCUGCCACAGUGUAUUACAAGGCUCUUGAUCCCAUCUUCAGACCCGGCCCCCCUCACAAUCCACGCGUGACAGACACCACCAAAUCAUCGGUCCUGCUGUCCUGGGGCAAACCGGUUUGUGACGGUGGCUGUGACAUUCAAGGGUACGUUGUUGAGAGCUGUCCAACCACGGAGCAGGCUGCAGAGGAUGCAGCUUCUGGUGAGGCGCCUGCUGAGGAGUGGACCAUGUGCACACCCCCCUCUGGAAUCAAACUCACCAAGUUUGAGGUGCUGAGCCUGAAGGAGAAUCAGGCGUACAAGUUCAGAGUGUGCGCCAUCAAUAAAGUCGGCGUUGGCGAGAGUGCUGACGUUCCAGGAGUCACAGUGGCGCAGGACAGGGCAGAGGAGCCAGACUUGGACAUCGAUCCUGAACUCAGGAAGAUUGUGACCAUCAAAGCUGGAGCUUCUUUGCGACUGUUUAUCCCUAUCAAAGGAAGACCAACUCCCAGCGUCAAGUGGGACAAGGACGACGCGCCACUGAAGGAAACCGCUCAAUUGGAAGUAACAAGCAGCUACACGGCACUGGUCAUUGACAAGAUGAGUCGCACGGACAGCGGUAAAUACACUGUCACUGCGGCCAACUCCAGUGGGACCAAGUCUGCUUUCGUUGUCGUUCGUGUCUUGGAUACACCCGGCGCACCCAUGAACCUGAAGGUCAAAGAAAUUACAAAUCAAUCGGUGACACUUGCCUGGGAAGCUCCCCUGCUGGAUGGAGGGUCCAAGAUCAAGAAUUAUAUUGUCGAGAAGAGGGAGAGCACUCGCAAGACUUACGCAGCAGUGGUGACAAACUGCCACGCCCUGUCCUGGAAGAUCGAACCGCUCCAGGAGGGCUGCAGCUACUAUUUCAGAGUGCUAGCGGAGAACGCUCAUGGUGUCGGCUUGCCAGCCCUCACUGUGGACCCUCUGAAGGUCUCAGAGGUUCCUCAGUGCCCCAGGAGUCUGAUCGUCACAGACCAGACAAAGACAAGCAUUUCUCUGGCAUGGGAGAAGCCAGAGUACGACGGCGGCAGCAGGGUCAUGCAGUACCUGCUGGAAGUGCAGCUGAAGGGCCAAGACAAGUGGUCUGGUGUCAACACCUUCAAAACAAUGGAGACUACUGUGACUAACCUCAACCCAGGCGAAGAAUACCUGUUCCGAGUCACAGCACUGAAUGACAAGGGAAAGAGUGAGCCAAAAGUCCUGACUGGCCCAGUCAUGACAAAGGACUUGGUCUUCGAGCCAGAUGUCCGACCCUCGUUCAGCAGCUACAGCGUUCAUGUAGGCAAAGACCUGAAAGUCGACAUCCCUAUUUUUGGCCGUCCAAAGCCAGCGGUGACAUGGACCAAAGAUGGAGCGCCACUGAAGUUCACCACAAGAGUGAACAUCCACAACACGCCGACUACCACCACGCUCAGCAUCAAAGAGGCGGCAGGAGACGACGGAGGCAUGUACAGCAUCACUGCCACCAACACCGCGGGAAAGAAAGACACGGCUCUUGAGAUCAUAGUGCUAGACAAGCCGAGUGCUCCCUCCGGACCGGUGAGGUUCAAUGAGAUCACCACUCAAAGUGUCUCCAUCUCCUGGGAUCCACCAAGGCACAAUGGAGGCUGCCAGAUUUCAAACUACAUUGUCCAAAAGAGGGACACGACUACAACUACGUGGGAGAACGUCAGCAUCAACUGCGCCAGGACUAGCAUCAAAGUCCCCCGCUUGAAGACUGGCGCCGAGUACCAGUUCAGGAUUAUUGCCCAGAACCGUUAUGGCAAGAGCCACGGCCUGGACUCCUCGGCUGUCGUUGCACAGUACCCGUACAAAGAGCCUGGUCCGCCAGGCACUCCAUUCAUCUCCUCUCUCUCCAGAGACCAUCAGAUUGUGGAAUGGCACGAGCCUGUGUCCGAUGGAGGCAGCCCUGUUCUUGGCUAUCACCUGGAAAGGAAGGAGAGGAACAGCAUUCUUUGGGUCAAAAUCAACAAAAUGCUCAUCCAUGAGACGACUUUCAAGAGCCAUCCCCUGGAGGAAGGCAUCGAGUACGAGUACAGGGUUUAUGCCGAGAACAUCGUGGGCGUCGGCAGAUGCAGCAAGAUAUCAGAGGGUUGUGUUGCCCGUGACCAGUGUGACCCACCGGGUGCACCAGAGGCGGUUCACGUGACAAAGGACACCAUUGUCAUCCAGUGGACUAAGCCAGAGUAUGACGGUGGCAGCAACAUCACAGGCUACCUGGUCGAGAAGCGCGAUCUCCCAGAGGGACGGUGGGUGCGUGCCAACUUCACCAACGUGAUCGAGACCCACUUCACUCUCACUGGCCUGACAGAGAAUGCCCAGUACGACUUCAGAGUCAUAGCCAAAAAUGCUGUCGGGACGCUCAGCAAACCGUCGUACAACAGUGGGCCGAUCACUGCAAACGACGAAGUUGAAGCCCCCAAAUAUUCCAUCGAUCCUGCUUUCACCAAGACCAUCGUCAUUAAUGCCGGGGAGACCUUCAAGCUGGACGCCGAUGUCCGCGGAAAGCCGCUGCCAUCCAUCCAGUGGUUUAAAGACGAGGCUCCUGUUGAGAACACGCUGCGGCUGGAGCUGAGAAACACAGAGAACCACGCUCUGCUAGUGAUCAAGGACGCUGUCAGAGUCGACGGCGGACUGUACACCCUUCAGCUGAGCAACCAGGCCGGAAGUGAAACUGUGCCAUUCAAAGUAGUCGUCCUGGACAGGCCCAGCAAAUGUGAGGGACCGCUGCAUGUAACCGGUGUAGCGGAGGAUCGUUGCACUCUGGUUUGGCGCGCUCCUUUGCAUGAUGGCGGCAGUCCAGUCUCCCAGUACAUCAUUGAACGGAGAGAGACGAGCCGCCUGGCUUGGACUGUUGUUUCUGCCAACUGCGACACCACCUGCUUCCGGGUCACCAAGCUCUUGGAAGGCAACGAGUACAUGUUCCGAGUCAUGGCAGUCAACAGUUACGGCACCAGUGAACCUUUGGAGUCCAGCAGUGUGGUCAUGAAGACUCCGUAUGUUACCCCCGGUCAACCCCAUGUUGAAGAUGUGUCACACAUAGCCCAUGACAGCAUGACCGUGACCUGGUCGGCCCCAGAGAGUGACGGCGGUAGCGAAAUCACAAACUACAUCGUUGAAAAGAAGGACAGGGCAGGGAUCAAAUGGACCCGGUGCAACAGACAGAAGGUGACAGACUUGUCCUUCAGAGUGACAGGUCUCACCACUGAUCACGAGUAUGAAUUCAGAGUCGCUGCUGAGAAUUUGGUUGGCGUGGGAGAACCAAGUUUGCCCAGCUCCUACUAUAAAGCCUGCGACCCCAAGUACAAGCCAAGCUCGCCUGCGUAUGUGAAUGUUGUGGACUCCACAAAGGCGUCUGUCACAGUCUCAUGGGGCAAACCGCUUUCUGAUGGCGGCAGCCCCAUUCAAGGCUACAUCGUUGAGGUCUGCAAGGCUGAGGAAGAGGAGUGGACCAUGGUCACGCCUGCUACGGGCCUGCGCGUCAACAAAUAUGAAGUCACUAACUUGAUGGAGGGACAGGAGUACAAGGUCCAGGUGUGUGCGCUGAACAAGCUCGGAGUCGGUGAACCAGCGCUACUUUCAGGAACUGCCAAGCCUGAAGAACGUGUGGAGCCACCUGAGAUACGCCUAGACUCAGAAUUGAGAAAGGGCAUCAUUGUGAAAGCUGGCGGCUCUGUGAGAAUAAAUGUCCCAUUCAAGGGCCGUCCAAUGCCCGAGAUUAAGUGGACCAAGGACGAGGGGGACCUCGGCGAGAAGGCUGUCGUUGAGAAGACGCUCAGCUUCUCUCAGCUGUCCAUCGAUUCAUGUGACAGGAGUGAUUCAGGGAAGUACACUCUGACUCUGACCAACAGCAGCGGUUCAGUGUCCGAGUUCGUGACAGUCAAGGUGCUGGAUGCCCCCGGUGCGCCACUGAACCUCGCCGUCAAGGACAUUAAGAAGGACUCUGUCACUCUUGCGUGGGACGCGCCGCUAGUUGAUGGGGGAUCCAAGGUGAAGAAUUACGUGAUCGACAAACGGGAGUCUACCAGGAAAGCAUACGCCAACGUCUCCACCAAGUGCACCAAGACUACCUUCAAAGUGGAAAACCUACUUGAAGGAGCCAUGUAUUACUUCAGAGUCAUGGCUGAGAACGAGUUUGGCAUCGGUCAGCCUGUUGAGACCAAAACUGCAUUCAAAGCUUCUGAAGUUCCUCUGCCAGUUGGAAACGUGUAUCUCAAUGAUGUCACAAAAUCCACCGUGUCGCUGGCCUGGGAAAAACCAGAGCAUGAUGGAGGUAGCCGAAUCGGUGGCUACCUUAUUGAAAUGCAGCCAAAGGGAACAGAUAAGUGGGGCGUCGCUACAAAGACGAAGACAUGCGAAGGCACCGUCACGGGUCUCACUGGUGGAACAGAGUAUCUUUUCCGUAUCAUAGCUUACAACGAGAAGGGGAAGAGUGAGCCGAAGGCACUGGCUGCUCCGGUCGUAGCUAGUGACAUGACAGUUGACCCAAGUAUUAAGAUGCAGUUCAGUACGUACAGUGUCCUCGCAGGAAAGGACCUCAAGCUCGAGUUCCCUGUGUUUGGCCGCCCUAAACCGAGGGUGACUUGGACGAAGGAGGGUCAGCCUCUGAAGGUGACAUCCCGGGUCAAUGUGGUGAACACGACCACAACAACCGCAAUCUUAAUCACUGAGGCAAGCAAAGAAGACUUUGGCAAAUAUUCCAUCACAGCGACCAACACUGCGAGCACCGUCACCGAAGAUGUGUCCGUCAUCAUACUCGAUAAGCCCGGCCCGCCUACAGGUCCAAUCAAAGUCGUCGAGGUCAGCAACUCCUUUGUUCACCUGUCGUGGGAGCCCCCGGAGUACACGGGUGGAUGCCAGGUCAAGAACUACAUUGUGGAGAAGAGGGACACCACGACUACCACAUGGCAGUCGGUCACAACUCAACUUGCCAGAACGGCAUUCAAAAUAACCAAGCUGAAGACGGGAGCAGAGUACCAGUUCAGGAUCAUUGCUGAAAACCGAUACGGCAAGGGAGCGCCCCUGGAUUCCAAAGCCAUCGUUGUCCAGUACCCCUACAAGCCUCCCGGACCUCCAGGAACACCCUAUGUCAAGUCUGCAACCAAGGAGAUGAUGAUCAUUGAAUGGAACGAGCCAGUGAACGAUGGUGGGAGCGCAGUUAUUGGCUACCACCUUGAGAGCAAAGAGAGAAGCAGCAUUCUCUGGAACAAACUCAACAAGACGCUGAUCGCGGACACUCAGUUUAAGAUCUGCAACCUGGAGGAGGGCAUCGGGUACGAGUUUAGAGUCACUGCCGAAAACAUUGUUGGCAUCGGCAGGUGCAGUAAGGUCUCUGAGUCCUUUGUUGCGCGAGAUCCAUGCGACCCCCCUGGGGCUCCAGAAGCAAUCUCCAUCACCAAAAACCAGAUCAAGAUUCACUGGACGAAGCCUGAGUAUGACGGUGGCAGCAAAGUGAAUGGCUACAUUGUGGAAAGGAAAGACCUGUCCGCGCCAGACAGCCGUUGGGUGCGUUCAAACUUCACCAACGUCAUCGAGACAGAGUACACCAUCACUGGUCUGACAGAGAGUGAACAGUAUGAGUUCAGGGUCAUUGCCAGGAACGCUGCCGGCGUGUUCAGUGAGCCAUCUGACAGUUCAGGGCCCAUAACUGCCACCGAUGAGAUCGAGCCACCGAGGGCCUCCAUGGACCCAAAAUACAAGGACGUCAUCGUCAUCAACGCCGGUGAACACUUGACUAUGGAUGCGGACGUCUAUGGAAAACCUUUCCCCGAAGUGCUUUGGCUGAAAGAAGGAAAAGAAAUGGACAAAACCCUACGCAUAGAGGUUAAGACCACUGGCAAGCGUGCGGCCAUGACCAUUAAGGACAUAACUAAAUUGGACAGUGGUCACUACGACCUAGUUUUGAAAAACCUCGGCGGAACCAAAACCUUCCCCGUUACGGUGAAGGUCCUUGAUAAACCAGGAAAACCCACUGGACCACUGAAAGUGACCGGAGUCAUGUCUGACCGGUGUGUCCUGGCAUGGUCCGAACCCCAUUUAGACGGGGGAGCCUCUAUCACCCACUACGUUCUGGAAAAGCGAGAGACCAGCAGGUUGUCCUGGACUGUCGCCGCACCAGCCAUCCAGAGUCUGUACUAUAAACUCACCAGCCUUCUCCCAGGAAAUGAGUACAUCUUCAGGGUGAGAGCAGUCAACAAAUAUGGCGUUGGCGAUUGUCUUGAGAGUGAGCCUGUUAUUGCCCGAAACCCCUACAAGCCACCCAGUGCUCCGGGCACUCCGGAAGCAAGUGAGAUGACCAAGGACUCCAUGCUCCUCUCAUGGACGGCACCGGAACACACAGGGGGAGCUGAGAUUGAGGGCUACCACUUAGAAAAACGUGACAAGGACAGUGUGAGAUGGACAAAGUGCAAUCGACAGAAACUGACAGACACCCAUUUCAGGGUGAGCGGUUUGAUGACCGAUCACUUCUACGAGUACCGGGUCUCUGCAGAGAAUGAGGCGGGAACAGGAGAGCUCAGCGAACUGUCUCUCUUCUACAGAGCGUGUGAUGCCCUCACACCCCCUGGACCUCCUCACCAUCCGAAGGUGACUGACUUCACCAAGUCCACCGUAUCUCUGAGCUGGGGCAAGCCAGACUUUGAUGGCGGCGCGUACAUUAAAGGCUACGUUGUUGAAAUGAGAGAGUACGCGCCGGAGCCCGAAUCGGCGGAGGACGCGGAAGUUGCCCCGACAGUCGAUGCAGUGGUGGCAAGAGAGUGGUCAAUGUGCACUCCACCCACAGGUAUUCAGGCAACCAAACUCACCAUCAGUGAUCUCAGGGAGGGUGGUGAAUACCAGUUCCGCGUCUGCGCAAUCAACUCUGAGGGAGUGGGAGAAGCUGCUAAUGUCCACGGAACAGUCGUGACAUCCAUGAAGGUCGAGGCACCAGAGAUCGAGCUGGAUGCCGAUCUCAGAAAGGUGGUGUCAGUCCGUGCCGGUGGCACUCUAAGAUUGUUUGUCACAAUCCGAGGACGGCCGGAGCCCUCAGUGAAGUGGGAGAAGGUCGAUGGUGCGCUGAAUGAGAACGCUGCCAUCGACACCACAACUUCCUACACCAUGUUAGUUAUUGACAAUGUUAACCGCUUUGACAGUGGCAAGUACUCGCUGAACCUGGAGAACAGCAGUGGCACAAAGAGCGCCAUCAUUGCUGUGAGAAUUCUGGACACUCCAAGUGCACCUCAGACAUUUACAGUCAAGGAAAUCAAAAAGGAUUCCGUGACCCUGGCCUGGGAAACUCCUCUGAUGGACGGCGGCGCCAAGAUCACCAACUACAUUGUGGAAAAAAGAGAGUCCGUCCGCAAGGCAUACACCACGGUCACAAGCAACUGCACCGCCAACUCCCUUCAGAUCACAGAACUCCCCGAGGGUGGCAUUUUCUACUUCCGGGUCUGCGCGGUGAAUGAGUACGGACAAGGACAGAGUGUUGAAACCAAAGAAGUCAAAGUCUCGGAGGUGCCCCAGCCGCCCAGCAAAGUCUCCGUUGUUGACGUUACAAAAACCAGCGUGACUCUGGCCUGGGAAAAGCCUGUCCACGAUGGCGGUAGCAAAGUCAUGUGCUACAAUGUGGAAUUCAAGCCAAAGACUGGAGACAAGUGGGGCACGGACUGCACCGUCAAAGUGCCCGAGGCAACAGUCAAAAAUCUUACCCCAAAUGAAACAUAUUUGUUCAGAGUCGUCGCCAUCAACGAGAAGGGCAAGAGUGAGCCCAAGGAUCUUGGACUUCCCGUGGUGGCCAAAGACGUGGAAAUCGAGCCAUCGAUCAAGCUGCUGUUCAACACGUACAGCGUGAAGGCAGGCGACGACAUCACCCUGGAGGUGCCAGUGAGAGGGCGACCGAAACCUGUGGUUUCCUGGAAGAAAGAAGGACUUCCUCUCAAGCAGACCUCAUCUGUCACCAUCUUAAAUACUGCGACUUCAUCAAAGAUUAUCAUCAAGGAGGCAAGCAGGGAGCACGUCGGCACUUAUGAAAUCACGCUGUCCAACACGGCUGGAACCGCCACUGCCAACAUUGGGCUGGUGGUGCUCGACAAACCCACUCCACCAAAGGCUAUUAAGGUGGAUGCUGUGACUUCGGACAGUAUCACGCUCUCGUGGAGCCCACCCGACUACGACGGAGGUUGCUCCAUCAGCAACUACAUUGUGGAAAAGAGGGACACAAACUCCCAAGAGUGGCAGAUGGUUGCCAGCAAUGUUGCUCGCACGUCUUUCAAGGCCGGUCGACUCACACAAGGAGCAGAAUACCAGUUCCGCAUUUAUGCUGUCAAUCGAUAUGGAAAGAGUUCGUAUCUGGAUUCCCCGGGAAUCACCGCACAGUACAACUUCAAGCAACCGGGACCCCCUUCUACACCGCACGUGAAGCUGGCCACCAAGUCUUUCAUGCUAGUGACCUGGAAUGAGCCCGUGAAUGACGGCGGCAGCCCCGUCUUGGGCUACCAUUUGGAGAGGAAAGAGCGCACGAGCAUUCUGUGGACAAAGAUGAACAGAGGAAUGAUCAAAGACACAGAAUACAAAGUGAAUGGGAUUGAAGAAGGUAUGAUGUAUGAAUACCGCAUCUACGCUGAGAACAUCGCUGGUAUUGGCAAAUGUAGCAAAGCCUCUGAAGCUGUUGCAGCCAGAGAUCCUUGCGACCCUCCCAGUACCCCAGUGGUCACGGCAGUUACCAGAACAUCAGUGUCCUUGUCCUGGGACAAACCAGAAUAUGACGGUGGGGCUAAAGUUUCUGGCUACAUUAUCGAGCGCAGAGAUCUCCCUGAAGGACGAUGGACAAGAUGCAACUUCACCAACGUCCCUGAGACCCACUACGACGUGACAGGCCUGACAGAAAACAGCCAGUAUGACUUCCGCGUCAUCGCCAAGAAUGCAGCCGGACUGUUCAGCGAGCCAUCGCUGAACACUGGUCCCAUCACGGUCCGAGACGAUGUCGAACCAGCGCGCAUCAUGAUGGACGUCAAGUUCAGGGAGACAGUCUUCGUAAAAGCCGGCGAAACCCUGAAAAUAAACGCAGACCUCGCAGGUCGACCGGCGCCUGUCGUGUCUUGGACCAAAGACGGUAAAGAAAUUGAGCUCAGAGCCAGAAUCCAAAUCACUUCGUCUGACACCAGCACUUCUGUGGUGGUCAAGGACUGCAUCAGGAGAGACUCGGGGCAGUACACGCUGACCCUGCAGAACAUUGUGGGAGCGGUCAGCAUGCCCAUCAACUGUGUUAUCCUUGACAAGCCGGGGCCCUCCGCAGGGCCUCUUCACAUAACAGGCCUCGCAGCUGAUGAGUGCACGCUGGCCUGGGGACCUCCCCAGGAAGCUGGCGGUGCUGAGGUCACACAUUACAUGGUUGAGAAGCGGGAGACUAGUCGUCUCGCAUGGACCCUGGUGAAGGGAGACGUGGCAAAGACAUACUUUAAAGUCACCGGCCUGCUGAAGGGGAAUGAAUACAUAUUCAGGGUACUUGCUGUCAACAAGCAUGGCGUGGGAGAAAGCCUGGAAAGCGAGCCUGUCAAGAUCACAGACCCUUUCACUGUUGCCAGCGCCCCACUUAGCGUUGACGUCACCAACAUCACUGGCGAUUCCAUGACCCUCACUUGGUGCAGGUCCUUAAGUGACGGUGGCGCGCCCAUCACUGGCUACGUGAUUGAGCGUCGCGAGAAGACAGGUAUGCGCUGGGUCCGCGUGAACAGAGAUCCGGUUGUUGAGUGCACUGCUGUGGCCGCCAAACUGAGAAAAGGUUGCGAGUAUGACUUCCGGGUCUAUGCAGAAAACGCUGCUGGUCUCAGCCCCCCAAGCGAACAGUCGGCCACUUUCAGAGCUUUGGAUCCGCUCGUCGUUCCAGCCCGACCAUCCAAGCCCAAGAUUGUGAAUUCAACACAGGAUUGCAUCUCCAUAGUCUGGAAAUCCCCCGCAGACGAUGGCGGCGCACCCAUCCUGGGCUACAGUGUACUGUACAGAGACUAUGUGCCCAAACCAGAAGAAGAGGACGAGGAGUCAGGUGAAGAGUAUGAAGAGGAGGAGGUGGAGGAGUCACCUGAGGAGCUGAAACGAUGGACUGAGGCGAUACCUCUCACCAAGAGCUUGGAGUUCACAGUCACUGGACUGAAGACCGACGCUAUGUACGAGUUCUGCGUGAAGGCCGUCAACAAAGUCGGAAGCAGCGUCUUCAGCCCGUACUCUGAUGCUGCUGUGGCAAUGGACCGAACCGCGGAACCGUCGUUUGACGUUGACAUUGACAUGCGUAAGGUUCUUGUUGUCAAGCACGGAACCGCGUUCACACUGAAUGUUCCCAUCAAGGGAAAACCAGCGCCAUCGGUCACGUGGGCCAAAGAAGGCGUUGACCUUCAGGUCAGGGGGACAAUUGACUCGACAGAUACGCGAACCACUCUGACGGUUGAGAAGUCCACCAGAAAUGACUCGGGAGAGUAUGUCGUUACAAUCGAGUCACCGCUGGGACAAGCCACAUUACCCAUGGCAGUCAAGGUGCUGGACUCACCAGGAGCACCCAUCAAUGUCAAGGUUUCCGUCGUGACCCGAGAUUCUGCCACACUGACUUGGGAAGCACCAGAAAAUGAUGGUGGUGACCCUGUGAAGGCCUACCAUGUUGAGAAGCGUGAGGCCAGUAAGAAGGCGUGGGUAUCUGUGACCAGCAACUGCCAUGUCCUCACACACAAGGUUGAAGACCUCCAGGAGGGCGCCAUCUACUAUUUCAGAGUCAUUGGUGAAAACGAGUACGGAGUGGGAGUUCCCGAGGAGGCCAAAGGCGGCGUCAAGAUCACAGAGGUGCCUAGUGCCCCCUUGAAGCUCGGCGUCACCAACGUGACCAAGGACAGUGUCACAAUUGCCUGGACGCGACCAGAGUAUGAUGGGGGCAGUAGAGUCACCGGCUACCUCAUCGAUGCUCUGGAGAAAGGACAGAACAAGUGGGUGAAGUGUGCGACCGUUCGUACCCUGACUCACACCAUCAAGAGCCUGCGCGAAGGCAUGGAGUGCUUCUUCAGAGUCAGGGCAGAAAACCACGCCGGACUGAGUGAACCCAAAGAGAUGAUUGUUCCUGUUAUUGUCAAAGAAAUCCACGAGGCUCCGGAGUUUGACUUGAAGAAUUAUCCCAAGAACACGGUUUAUGUGAAAGCUGGAUCCGACCUCUCGUUUGAAAUUCCCCUGGCGGGUAAACCCAUGCCAAAGGUGACAGUGGCCAAGAACAACGUGGCCAUCAAGGGAUCCAAGAGGCUGCUGACUGAAGUGACUCCUGACAGUUUGCUUGUUACGCUCACUGAGAGCGUGUCUGGUGAUGCCGGCAAAUACGAAGUCACCGCCUCAAACGCGGGAGGAACGACCAAGAUUUCUCUCAUCUUUGUUGUACUGGACCGACCAGGUCCUCCAACUGGACCGGUGGAGGUCGGGGAGGUUGGAGAAACCACAGCGUGCCUGAAAUGGUCUCCUCCUGAGUAUGAUGGUGGCAGUCCUGUCACCAACUACAUCGUCCUCAAACGUGAAACCAGCACCCCCACCUGGAGCGAGGUGACAACCAGCAUUGCUCGAAGCUCUAUCAAGGCAACCAGGUUGACAAAAGGAGAGGAGUACCAGUUUAGGAUUAAAGCUCAGAACCGAUACGGGGUCAGCGACCACAUCGACAGCAAGCCUGUCAUGAUCAAGCUUCCAUACACGAUUCCUGGACCACCGUCCACUCCGUGGGUCAGCUACGUUUCAAGAGAGAGCCUGACGGUGUGCUGGAACGAGCCUGUCAACGAUGGUGGAAACCCUGUGUUUGGCUACCAUCUCCAGAUGAAGGAGAGAAGUAGCAUCCUCUGGCAGAAGAGCAACAAAACAGCCAUACCUGGAAACCAGUGGAGGGUCGCGAAUAUCUGCCCCGGGCUCAUAUAUGAGUUCAAGGUAGCAGCAGAGAACGCAGCAGGAAUAGGUAAAAUGAGCAAGACGUCCGAGGAGGUCCUGGCCAUCGACGCCUGUGAGCCUCCAGCAAACGUUCGCGUGACAGAAGUGACCAAGAACUCUGUGAGCCUGGCCUGGCAGAGACCUCCGUACGAUGGGGGCAGCAAGAUAACCGGCUACAGUGUGGAGAGGAGAGAGGCAUCUACUGGCAGAUGGGUGAAGGCCAACUUCACCAACAUCAUCGAGAUGAGCUUCACCGUCUCUGGACUUAACCAGGACGAGACAUACGAGUUUAGAGUAUACGCCAAGAAUGCCGUUGGAUCUGUCAGCAACCCAUCACUUGUUGCUGGCCCGGUCGUGUGUGUAGAUGCUUGCGGCGCUCCCGCCAUCGACCUGCCGCCAGAGUACUUGGACGUGGUUCAAUACAAGGCCGGCGCUUCCGUAAAACUUCGGGUUGGAAUCCUAGCUAAACCUCUGCCCACGAUCGAGUGGCUGAAGAAUGGAAAGGAGCUUGUGAUGACGUCAACUCUGAGUGUCGAAAGCACAACUGACACAUCAGCCGUCCUGAUCAAGGACGCCACGCGCCUGGACACCGGGUCCUACGAGAUCAGGAUCAGAAACGUGCUGGGUUCUGCCUCUGCCACCAUCAGAAUUGAAAUCCUGGAUAAACCUGGCCCGCCGGCUGGCACCAUCGCCUUCAACUCUGUCACCGCCGACAGAAUCCUUCUCAGCUGGCAGCCCGUGCCAGAGGUCGACCAGGGUGGCUCAAAGGUGACCCACUAUGUGGUCGAAAGGCGGGAGACCAGUCGGGUGGUUUGGUCCACAGUGUCAGACCACCAUGAGCAAACCCAUAUCAGUGUCGCCAAACUGGUGAGGGGUAAUGAGUAUGUGUUCCGAGUGAUGGCAGUCAACAAAUUUGGAGUGGGUGAGGUGCUGGAGUCGGAGCCAGUCAUGGCCAAAAACGCCUUCGUGACUCCCGGCCAGCCUCGCACACCUGAGGUCAACAUCAUCACCAAGACCACCAUGGUGGUGGAGUGGGACAAACCUGGUGUGGAUGGAGGAAGCACGGUGUCUGGCUAUUACCUGGAAAGACGGGAUAAGAAGAGCCUGCGUUGGAUCAGGGUUUACAAGGAGCCUGUCACAGACAUCAAGCAGACCGUCUACCACCUGACUGAAGGAAAUGAGUACCAGUAUCGGGUGUGUGCCAUCAACAAGGCUGGGGAGGGGCCCUUCUCCGAUGCCUCUGACUUGUACAAGGCCGCCGAUCCAGUCGACCCACCAGAUGAACCGUGCAAACUCAAGGUGGUGGACUCCACGAGUACAUCUAUCACAUUAGGCUGGUCAAAGCCGGAAUGGGACGGUGGCAGUGAAGUCACCAGCUACAUGGUAGAGAAACUGGUGGCGGGAGAGGAAGAGUGGGCAAUGGUCACCAUGAAGGGAGAGCUGAAGGCCACAGAGUACACGGUUCACCACCUGAAGCCAGACGUCAACUACUUCUUCAGAGUGUCUGCAGUGAACUGCGCUGGCCGCGGCGAGGCCCUGGAGAUGACGGAGCCCGUGCAGGCUAAGGACAUCCUAGAGGAGGCCCAGAUCGACUCGGACGUGGCCAUGAGGACCCAUUAUAUUGUGAAGGCCGGCAAGGAUGUGGAGCUCUCCGUUCCUCUGAAAGGAAGGCCGGCGCCGUCCGCCUCCUGGAGCAAGGGCGAUGAAUGCAUUGACCUCAACCCGUCGUAUGAAUUCCAUCACUCUGACACCACCACGGUUCUCGUCAUGCGCGAGGUCACCAGGCUGAACACCGGCAAAUACACCGUGAAGAUCGCGAAUGGCGUGGGCCAGCCCAAGACGCUGACUUUGUCCGUGAAAGUUCAGGACACCCCAGCGGCAUGUAGGAACCUAACAUUGAAGGACGUCACCCGUGGAAGGGCCACGCUGGUGUGGGAGCCGCCGCUCCUUGACGGUGGUGCAGAAAUCACCAAUUACAUCGUUGAGAAGAGGGACUCGUCCAAGCGGUCGUACUCUGCCGUGACGACCAAGUGCUCGGACACAACUUUCACCCUUGACGACCUCUCCGAGAAGACCUCCUUCUUCUUCCGCGUCUUAGCGGAGAAUGAAAAUGGUGUUGGAGAUCCAUGUGAGACUUCAGAGCCGGUCAAACCCACUGAGACCCCUGGACCUGUCAAAGGGGUGUCCAUGAAGGACUCCUCCAAAUCUUCGGUCACGCUCCAGUGGCUGAAGCCAGACUACGACGGCGGCAGCAUCAUUUCAGACUAUAUCGUGGAGAAGAGGUUGAAGGACGAGGAGUGGUCUCUUGGAGGAACCAGCAGACAGUGCGAGUUCGAAGUCAAGAAGCUGAAAGAGCACUCGGAUGUAUUCUUCAGAGUUGCUGCUCGAAAUGAGAAGGGCCAAGGUGCUUCUGUGGAAAUCGGACCCAUCAAAGUGGUCGAUUACAUCAUAACGCCCGAGGCGUGUCUGGCUGAGUACCCCGAUGGAACCAUCAGGGUGCGCCUUGGUCACAAUGUUCACAUGGAGCUGCCAUACGUAGGAAAGCCCAAGCCUGCGGUUCUCUGGCUGAAAGACAACCUGCCCCUGAAGGAGAGCGACCAGAUUCGCUUCAAGAAGACCGACAGCAAGGCCACGCUGAUGAUCAAGAAUGUCAAGAAGGAGAACGAGGGAAAAUACACGCUGACGCUAGACAACAAGGUCAACCGCCGAUCCUCCCACAUUCACGUCAUCACACUUGGACCGCCCUCAAAGCCCGUGGGGCCCAUCCGCCUGGACGAGGUUCGAGCCGAAAGCAUCGUCAUCUCCUGGGAGGAGCCAAACGAUGACGGCGGCGGCGACAUCAGCUGCUACACGGUGGAAAAGCGCGACACUUCAAAACCUGACUGGAAGAUGGCGUGCUCCAGUGUUGAAGGAACCCAAUUCAAGGUCCCCAACCUGGUUAAGGGGGCCCAGUAUCAGUUCAGAGUCUGUGCUGAGAACAGGUAUGGCGUCAGUGAGGCGCUCGUCUCCCAGAUGGUCGUUGCCAAACAUCAGUUCAGACCUCCCGGUCCCCCUGGCAAGCCAGUCGUGUAUAACGUCACCAACGACGGCAUGACCAUUCAGUGGGAACAGCCCAUUUAUGACGGCGGCACGCCCAUCGUGGGAUUCCAUGUGGAGAAGAAGGAGAAGAACAGCAUCAUGUGGCAGAAGGUCAACACUCUUCUCAUCAAAGAGACGGACUACAGGAUCCUUGGCUUGAUCGAAGGGCUGGAGUACUCCUUCAGGGUCUAUGCCCAGAACGAUGCCGGUUUCAGCAGGAUGAGUGACGAGAGCAAGUCGGUCAUGGCGGUCAGUCCAGUGGAUCCUCCCGGCCAGCCCGACUACACGGACGUGACCAGUGACUCUAUCACUCUCAAAUGGGACGCACCCAAACGCGACGGUGGCAGCAAGAUUACGGGAUACAACAUUGAAAAACGCCAGGGACACGGCAGGUGGUUCAAGGCCAAUCUGACAGACGUGCACGACUGCGUCUACACUGUCACCGGUCUGGCUACCAACGAGCGCUACGAGUUCAGGGUCGUUGCCAGGAAUGCCAUCGGAGUGGUGAGCCCCCCGUCCAACUCUUCUGGCCUGAUUGUGGUCAGAAGUGAGAAUGCUGCUCCGCACAUUGAGUUCGGCCCUGAGUAUUUUGAGGGUCUGACCGUGAAGGCGGGAGACAACAUACGGCUGAAAGUGACCAUCACCGGGCGCCCUGCUCCGAAAGUGGUGUGGUUCAGAGACGGGAUCCAGGUGACCAAGAAAAUGAUGGACAUUGUCACGGUGGCUGGUUCCAGCACACUGUCUGUCAGGGAUGCCGACCGAAGUCACCGCGGCCUGUACACGGUGGAAGCGACCAACAACUCUGGAAGCAAGAAGGAAAGCAUCGUUGUUCAAGUCCAGGACACACCUGGCGAGCCUGUGGGACCCAUCACCUUCAGCGACAUCUCUGAAGGCCGGUGCACGCUGUCGUGGAACCCACCGGAGAACGAUGGCUGCUCUGAGAUUUCACAUUACAUCGUGGAAAAGCGGGAGACCUCCAAGAUCUCCUGGGCCCUGGUGUCUGACGAAUGUCAAGAGUGCACCUUUUCGGCCACCAAACUCAUCAAGACCAACGAGUACCAGUUCAGGGUCUCUGCUGUCAAUAAGUUUGGAGUUGGCCGACCUCUUGAGUCCAGCCCCGUCGUGGCACAGAUGCAGUACACUGCUCCCGAGGCCCCGGGUACUCCAGAUGCCACUGAGGUCUCGGGUGAAAGCAUCACGCUGGCCUGGGCCCCUCCCACGUCUGACGGUGGAAACCCAAUUCAGUACUACAUACUUGAGAGGCGGGAGAGGAAGACGGUCAAGUUCUACAAGGUCCUGACCAAGAAGCCGAUCGUCGAGUGUGCCCACAAGGUUCUGCACCUGAGCGAAGACACAGAGUACGAGUUCCGCGUCAUGGCCGUCAACGAUGCUGGUGUGGGAACUCCCAGCAACAUCUCCGUGCCAAUCAAAGCCGCCGAACCAAAAGACAUCCCCUGUGCUCCCUCGGUGGUCUGCGUGUCCGACUCCUCCGACAGCUCCGUCAGUCUGGAGUGGACGAAGCCUGCUGACGACGGUGGAAUGGACAUUCUGGGCUACAUCAUAGAGAUGGAUGUGGCUGAAGGCUCGGAAUGGAAGCGAGUCAAUGAAGAGCUGGAACAAGGAACCAGCUAUGUGGUCACAGGUCUGCAGAAGGGAGUGGAGUACAAGUUCCGUAUAGCUGCGGUGAACCACGUGGGCCGAGGGGAAGAGAAGGAAUCGGACCCAGCUCGGGCUGUUGACAGGCUUGCGCCUCCACAUGUCGACAUUGACGCCAACUUCAAACAAACACACAUUGUCAAGGCAGGUGGUGCUGUGCUUCUGGGAGUUCAGUUCCGAGGCAAGCCGGUCCCGAGCGCCACGUGGCUGAAGGAGGACGGAGAGCUCGGCGCCAUGUCUGAGGUCAGAACCUCACCAGGGACUAGUUCUCUGAGCAUUGAGAACUGCUCCAGGAAUGACACCGGCAAGUAUACUGUGAACCUGGAGAACAGCAGUGGCAGCACGGCCGUCCAGUUCACAGUGAAAGUGAUGGACACCCCGGGGCCCCCGCAGGCCGUGUCCUUCUAUGAAGUGGCUCGAGGGUCGGUCACGCUGAUCUGGGAGCCUCCUCUCAACGACGGAGGGGCGAAACUUCACCAUUAUAUUGUGGAGCGCCGAGAAGCAAGUCGUCGCACCUGGCAACAGUCUGGUGGGAAGUGCAAGCAGAACAAGCUGAAGAUCCAGGACCUGCUGGAGGGCGUUCCCUACUUUUUCAGAGUUUCUGCAGAGAACCAGCAUGGUGUGGGCGAGGCCUUCGAGUUGACUGAGCCUGUCAUCGCCACCGCAGAACCAGCAGCGCCCAAGAGGCUGGAUGUGCUUGACACCACCGACAGCUCGGUGUCUCUGGGCUGGCUGAAGCCCGAACAUGAUGGUGGAAGUCGCGUCCAGGGCUACGUCAUUGAGGCGAAGUCCAAAGGGUCCGACAAGUGGAUGGCAGUUGGCAACACAGCCAAUCUUUGCUACACAGUGGAGAAGCUCAACAAAGGCGAUGAGUAUGACUUCCGUGUAAAGGCCAAAAACGAGGCUGGCUACAGCCGAGUCCGGGAAACUUUGGCCUCCGUGCUGGUCAAAGAGCCUCACAUUGAACCUGCAGCAGACCUCAGCGAGAUCCCCAAUCAGCUCAUCACUUGCCGCUCUGGCAGCAGCUUCACAAUCGAGGUUCCAAUCAGCGGCAGACCAGCCCCCAAAGUCAGUUGGAAGCUGGAGGAGAUGAGACUGAAGAACUCAGACAGGGUGUUCAUCAAAACCACCAAGGACAAGAGCAGCAUCAGCGUGAAAGAGGCCAUGAGGGGAGACGGCGGAAAGUACUUCCUGACACUGGAGAACGUGACAGGGUCCAAGACCUUUGCCGUCGAUGUGACCGUCACCGGCAGACCUGGCCCGCCCACCGGUCCCGUGCAAAUCUCUUCUAUCACUUCUGAGUCCUGCGUCGUCAGCUGGGAGCCCCCGGAGGACGACGGUGGCACGGUCAUCACCAAUUACAUCGUCGAGAAAAGAGAGUCUGGCUCCACCGCGUGGCAGCUGAUCAACUCCAGCGUCAAGCACACCACGCUGCAUGUGGGCCACCUGACCAAGUACAUGCAGUACACCUUCCGGGUGUCGGCCGAGAAUUGCUUCGGGGUCAGCAAGCACGCCGAGUCCGAAACCAUCGUGGCUGAGCACCCCUUCACACCCCCUGGUCCGCCCACACGGCCCUCCGUCUUCAGUGUGACUGCCAACACCAUGACCUUGAAGUGGGAGGAACCGUACAAUGAUGGCGGCAGCAAGGUCACUGGCUUCUGGAUUGAGAAAAAGGAACGAAACAAUAUCCUCUGGGUCCGGGAGAACAAGAUCCCGUGCUUUGACUGCUACUACCAGGUGGAGGGCCUUGUGGAGGGUCUAGAGUACCAAUUUCGUGUCUAUGCUAUGAACAGUGCCGGCCUGAGCAAGGCCAGCGAGGCCUCCAAAGGAGCGGUGGCUCAGAACCCUGUUGAUCCACCAAGCAAACCUGAGGUCACCAACGUCACCAGAACCACCGUCUCCCUCAAGUGGAUGUCGCCGCUUAACGAUGGUGGAAGUCCCAUCGUGGGAUACAUCAUUGAACGCAAACCCUACACGCUGUCGGGCGAGGGCCGCUGGCUCAAGUGCAACUACACCAACGUGACAGACACCGUCUACACUGUGACUGCGCUGGGAGAAGGAGAACCUUAUGAGUUCAGAGUCAUUGCCAAAAAUGCCAACCAGGUCUUCAGCUUGCCUUCGGAGUCAACCGGAUCUGUGCAGUGCAAGACUGACUUUGAACCACCAAAGGCUCAGCUGGAUAGCAAACUGCUGUCAGAGACAGUCAUGGUUAGAGCCGGGUCGGACUUGGUUCUGGACGCUGCAGUCGGUGGGAGACCAGAUCCCAAAGCUUCCUGGUCGAAGGGAAACAGGGAGCUGGAGCUGUGCGAGAAGUACCACCUGCAAUAUACCCCCACCAGAGCCAUGGCCGUCAUCAAGUUCUGCGACCGAGACGACACCGGCAAGUACGUCCUUUCCGUGAGGAACGUGAGUGGGACCAAGACUGCGGAGGUCAACGUCAAAGUUCUUGACACACCUGGAGUCUGCGAGGGCAGCCUGGAAGUUGGUAAAGUCACAGAGGAGUCCUGCAGCCUCAGCUGGAAGCCCCCCCUGGAGGACGGAGGCGAUGACGUGACACACUACAUCGUGGAGAGGAGGGACACCAAUCGGCUCAACUGGGUCAUCAUGCACGCCGAGUGCACCGAGCUGAGCUGCAACAUCAGCGGGCUGUUCAAGAACACCGAGUACCUGUUCAGAGUCCGCGGAGUCAACAAGUACGGGCCUGGUGUCCACUUGCUGUCCACGCCGAUGGUAGCCAGGAACACGUUCACGGUGCCAUCUCCCCCUGGGGCUCCAGAAAUUAUCGCCUCUGGGAAAGACUUUGCCACUAUUGAGUGGCUGAAGCCCGAGAGCGACGGCGGGAGUCCCGUGCUGCACUAUUUGGUGGAGCGGCGUGAGAGGAAAAGUGCCAGAUGGGUGAAGGUUAACCGUGAUGGGGCUCACCUGGACACGAUGCUCAAGGUGAGCGGCCUUACCGAAGGAAACAUCUACCAGUUCAGAGUGACGGCAAUCAACAAAGCCGGAGAGAGCGAGGCCAGCGAGGUGUCGCUGUACGUGGUCUGCAGAGUUCCGACAUCUACUCCAGCUCCCCCGUCCAUACCCCGCAUCACUGACACCCACGCAGACAGCAUCAGUCUGGCGUGGGCCCGGCCCGUGGAAGACGGAGGCUCCGAUGUGAUGGGAUACAUCCUGGAGAUGCAGGAGUCCGGCGCAGAGGAGUGGAAGAGGACCCACGAGAAAACCCUGCGCUCCACAGAGCAUGUCGUAGGCGGCCUCUCGGGAGGCAGGAAGUACUGCUUCAGGGUGGCGGGCGUCAACAUUAAUGGCACAGGAGACUUCAGCGAACCGUGUGCUGAGACAGAGCCGGUUGAGCGAAUCGAAACUCCGGACUUUGAACUCCACGAUGACCUGAAGAAGACCAUCUGCCUUCGUGCCGGCGGAUCCCUGCGGCUGUUUGUCAACAUCACUGGACGACCCUCUCCGACGAUCACGUGGAGCAAGCCCGGUGUUGACUUGCAGAAUCGUGGAUUCAUUGAAGUGACGAGCACGUCCACCACGCUGAUCAUCGAUAAGGUCCACCGUUACGACGCGGGCAAGUACACUCUGCUGGCCGAGAACUCUGCGGGGAAACAGGAAGUUAACAUUCUGGUGAAGGUGUACGACACUCCUGGACCCACCGGACCAAUCAGGAUGAAGGAGCUCACCAAGGACUCUGCCACCAUAUGUUGGGAUGCCCCAGCAGUCGAUGGCGGCGCCCCAGUUAACAACUAUAUCAUCGAGAGGCGCGAGGCGUCCAUGCGAGCGUACAAGACUGUCACCUCCAAGUGCAGCAAGACCUCCUAUAAAAUUGAUGGCUUGAUGGAGGGCAUGCUCUACUACUUCAGAGUCCUACCGGAGAAUAUCUAUGGCAUCGGGGAGCCCUGCGAAACUCCAGACGUCAUCCUGGUGUGUGAGGUGCCACAACCUCCAAACAAGCUGGAGAUGGUGGAUGUCACCAAAAGCACCGUCACGCUGGGCUGGGAGAAGCCAGAGCACGACGGGGGCAGCCGGCUGACGGGCUACGUGGUCGAGGCCUGCAAGUUCGGCACUGACAAGUGGAUGAAAGUGGCCACGCUGAAGACAACGGACUUUGAGCACACCAUCGAAAAGCUCAACGAAAACGAACAGUACUUGUUCAGGAUACGUGCGGUCAACAGCCGUGGUGCCGGUGAGCCCAAAGAGCUGAUGACCGCCAUCACGGUCCAGGAACAACGAGUCAUGCCCGUGGUGGACCUCUCCACUAUUCCUCAGAAGGUAAUUAACGUUCUGGCAGGGAAGACCCUGGAACUGGACCUGCCUAUUAUUGGCAGACCGCCUCCGACCUGCGUCUGGUACUUUGGGGAGGACAGAAUUAAAAUCACAGAGCGAAUCAAAACUAAGAGCAGCGGCAAGUUCUCCCGGCUGACUGUGUCGGAGACGACCAUCGAUGACAGUGGCAGCUACACCCUGGAGGUGAAGAACGCUGUGGGUGUGACCCGGGAGGUCAUCAGGGUCGUGGUUCUCUCCAAACCCGACGAGCCCAAGGGCCCCCUUCGCUUCGAUGAGAUCGAUGCCACAAGUGUCACAUGCAGCUGGGACCCGCCAGUCAGGGACGGCGGCGCCCCUGUCAGCGGCUACGUGGUGGAACAGCGUGACGCUCACAGGCCGGGCUGGGUGCCGGUCUCCGAUUCUGUCAGCAGACCCAUCUUCAAGUUUGUGAACCUGAUCGAGGGUGACGAAUACGUCUUCCGAGCCGCUGCCGUAAAUCGCUAUGGAACCGGCGAUUACUUGCAGUCCGAGAUCGUCACGUGCAGGAGUUUGAAAAAUGUUCCUGGACCUCCGGGACGGCCCACUGUGUUCGACGUGUCUCGUGAUGGCAUGACGGUCGCCUGGAACCCUCCUGACGAGGACGGCGGCCUUGAGGUGUCCGGAUACGUCGUUGAGCGUAAAGAGGUCCGAUCCGACCGCUGGAUUCGAGCCAACAAGAACCCGAUAACAAUGACCAGAUACAGGUCCACGGAGCUGAUUGAGGGACUGGAGUACGAACACCGAGUCACAGCCAUUAAUGCUAGAGGACUCAGCAAACCCAGUCUUCCUUCCAAACCCGCCGUGGCGACAGAUCCCAUUGAUCCGCCUGGUUGUCCACAGAACCCGCGCAUCACCGACACCACCAAGACGUCUGUGUCGCUGGCCUGGAGUCCCCCUGAUGAGGAGGGAGAUGCUCGGGUGGACGGAUACCUGAUUGAAAUGCAAAAGGUGGGCUCAGUAACGUGGCUCAAGUGCAACACCACGCCCUCUCUGAUCUGCGAGUACACCUUGACCAACAUGCCGCAAGGAGAGGAGUUUAAAUUCCGUGUGUUGGCGUGCAACGCCGGCGGCUCAGGCGAGCCUGCCGAGGUGCCAGGAACCGUUACUGUCACAGAGAUGCUCGAACCACCCGAUUUUGACCUGGAACUGAAGUACAAAGAUGUGUACGUGGUCCGCCAGGGAGGGGUGGUCAGGCUGUCUGUCCCCAUCAAGGGAAAACCCCACCCGGCAUGUACAUGGUCUAAGGAUGCUGCGUCCGUCUCCACCAAGGCCAUGAUCGCCUCCACAGAGGACACCAGUGAGCUGGUGCUCAAGGGGGCUGAACGUAGCGACUCCGGACUUUACACCCUGCUGUUGCAGAAUAAGGUUGGCACAAAGAAGGCGCAGAUCAAGGUGAAGGUCAUCGGCCGGCCCAGUGCACCGGAAGGACCCCUGGUGUUCGAGGAGGUUCAAGCAACCUCUGUCAAGGUUUCCUGGAAGGCACCAGCAGAUGACGGCGGAGCGGAGAUUUUGGGUUACAUUGUCGAAAGAAGAGAGGCUGCCCGUAACGCUUGGUACACCGUUGACUCAAGGGUCACAGAUACCCAGCUUUUGGUGAAGGGCUUGAAGGAGGGCACAAGCUACCACUUCAAGAUUACGGCCGAAAACUCCUUUGGCAUUAGCAGUUCUUUGAAGUCGGAGCAGCCAGUGGUGCCAACCACUCCCCUCUGUCCCCCUGAACCUUCCAGCACGCCGCCCGAAAUCAUGGAUGUGACUAAGAGCUCUGUGGCUCUGGCGUGGAGCCGGCCCAAGGAAGACGGUGGUUCCGCUAUCACUGGCUACUUUGUGGAAUACAGGGCGCUUUCAGCAGAAACCUGGUCCCGUCACCAGACCAAGAUCCUCUCCACCAUGUUCACCGUGCCUGGACUCACUGCAGACACGGACUACCGUUUCCGAAUCGUUGCUGUCAAUGAUAUCGGCGAAAGUGAAGCCGGACCCGAGUCUGACCUUGUGACAUGCAAGGAUCCGUUUGACAAACCCAGUCAACCCGGUGAGAUCGACAUUGUGAGCGUUACCAACAACGCCAUCGCCAUCCGUUGGCAGCCACCAGAGUGUGAUGGUGGGAAAGAGGUUUUGGGCUACUGGGUCGAGUACAGGAAGUCGAUCGAGAGUUCAUGGAAGAAAUGCAACAAACUGAGGUCCAAGGAGAAGGAGUUCACCAUGCCUGGGCUCGCCGAGGCCACGGAGUACGAGUUCAGAGUGUUUGCCGAGAACGAAACCGGCAUGAGCCGACCACGGCGGACCGCCACUUGUGUGAAAACCAAGCUGAGUGUUGAAACAAAACCAAGUCUCCGGAAGGAGAUGGAUGAAGUCACCGCCAAGCUGGGACAGCCGGCAGUCAUGAAGUGCCAGAUCAUUGGCAGACCCGUUCCGGACAUUAAGUGGUACCACGGCGGAAAAGAAGUUGUUGAAUCACGCAAAUAUGAGAUGAGCUCGGAUGGACGCAACCACUCGCUGUCCAUCAUGACGGAUCAGCAGGAGGAUGAGGGAGAAUACACCUGCAAGGCCACCAACGAUGCCGGAGAGGCUGAAACCUCAGGCGUGCUGGUGCUGGAGGCCGCGCCGGCUUUCCAUCCAGACUUCGCUCUGAAGGACACCUACUAUGCUGGACUGGGCACCACCUUGCGCAUCCACGCCGUCUACAUCGGACGUCCUGAACCAAAGAUCAUGUGGCUUCAUGGAGCCAAGACUCUGGAGAACACUGAAGACGUCAGCAUAGAAACAACAGAGCAGUACACGCACCUGGUGAUCAAGAAUGUGCAGCGCAGGAUCCACGGAGGCAAAUACAGAAUCCGCCUGCACAAUCACUUUGGCCGCGCAGACACCGCGCUCAAUGUGGAGAUUUAUGACAAACCCGACGUCCCUCAGGGGCCCAUUGUCCUGGACGCCCUCUUGAAGAACUCCGUCAUCAUCAGCUGGAAACCGCCGAAGGACGACGGCGGCUGCAUGAUCACCAACUACAUUGUUGAGAAGCGGGAGGACAAGGAAGGCACUGAGUGGGAACUGGUGUCCUCCUCCAUUAACGGCACAUCCUGCCGCGUGCCCAACCUAACGGACAGCGCCGGUUACUUUUUCCGAGUGUACGCCCAGAAUCGCUACGGCAACAGUGAGCCGCUGGAGCUGACUUCGGCCAUCCUGAUCAAGAGCCAGCUUGAUAAGCCUUCUCCACCGCUGUCACCCGUCGUCUCGGGGAUCACCAGCGAUUCAUGUGUCGUGUCCUGGAAGCCGCCACUGAGUGACGGAGGCUCCAAGAUCAAGAGCUACUUCCUGGAAAAGAAGCAGAAGGACAAGAAGGACUGGGGCGAGUGGAGUCCAGUGACCAGCGACGAGAUCAAGCAAACAGUGUUCUCCGUCAAGCGUCUGAAGGAGGGUGUGGAGUACAGGUUCAGAGUCAAGUGUGAGAAUCUCGGGGGGCAGAGCGACUACAGCCAAGAGACCGCGUCCGCUGUGCCGGUCACGGCUGUGGACGUCCGAGCUCCUGCGUUUAAGGAGGAGCUCCGCAACAUGAGCGUCAAGUACAAGAGCAACGCCACACUUGUCUGCAAGAUCCUGGGUCAACCCAAGCCAGUCAUCAAGUGGUUCAGACGAGGAAAGGAGAUACACUCUGACGGAAAGAAGAUCAAGAUUCAAGAAUUCAAAGGCGGUUACCAUCAGCUUGUUAUCACGGAGGCAGAUGAGGAAGACUCCACGGUCUAUCAGAUCAGGGCCACCAACCAGGGCGGCUCCAUCUGUGCCACCGUGUCGCUGGAUGUAGAAAUCCCAGCCAAGAUCCACCUGCCGAAGAACCUGAAGGACAAGGAAGCCAUUCCUGCUCUGCGGGGAGAAGUAGUCAACAUAAAGAUUCCGUUUGGUGGCAAGCCGGAUCCUGUAAUCACUUGGCAGAAGGGACAAGAUCUGAUUGACAGCAACGGUCACUACCAAGUCAUUGUCACACGAUCGUUCACUUCUCUGGUCUUCCCCAACGGCGUUGAGAAGAAGGACGCGGGCUUCUACAUUGUCUGCGCUAAGAACAGGUUCGGCAUUGACCAGCAGACGGUGGAGCUGGACGUGGCUGACGUUCCCGAUCCUCCCCGUGGAAUCAAAGCCACAGAUGUGUCCAGAGAUUCGGUCAGCCUCACCUGGGUGGCCCCCGCUAGCGACGGUGGCAGCAAGGUGGUCAGCUACAUCAUCGAGAAAUGCCCCACCACUGCCGAGAGAUGGCAGCGCGUGGCCCAGUCUCGUGACACUCGCUACACUGUCAUCAACCUCUUUGGGGGAACCAGCUACCAGUUCCGAGUCAUUGCUGAGAACAAGUUCGGCCAGAGUGCUCCAUCCGAGACCUCCGGUCCAGUCAUGACGAAGGAGGACAAGUCCAGAGUGCUGCUGUAUGACCGGGAGGUGGAUGACACUGGCCGUGUACCCAAGGGCAAGGCGCCUCACUCGGACGGAAAGAAUUUACACAACAAAUAUGCAAUUGCCGAGGAGCUCGGAAGAGGACAGUUUGGUAUCGUUCAUCGCUGCGUGGAUAUCAGCUCUGAGAAAACCUACAUGGCCAAGUUUGUCAAAGUCAGAGGGGCGGACCAGGCUAUCAUCAAGAAGGAGAUAGCGACCCUCAAUCUCGCUAAACACACUAACUUCCUCCUCCUCCACGAGUCCUUCGACAGUCCCGAGGAGCUCGUCAUGAUCUACGACUUCAUCUCUGGUGGAGACAUCUUUGAGCGCCUUAACAGCGCAGAAUUCGAGCUGAGUGAGUUUGAGAUCGUCAACUACAUCCGGCAGGUGUGCUCGGCCCUGGAGUUCCUGCACGCAGAAAGCUACGGGCACUUUGACCUCAGACCUGAGAACAUUGUCUUCACGACCAGGAGCAGCUCUAGCAUCAAGAUCAUUGAGCUUGGCCAGUGCCGGCACCUCACGCCUGGUGACCAGAUCAAGAUCCAGUACACGACUGCGGAGUACGCCGCCCCCGAGAUCCAUCAGUGUGAUAUGGUCAGCACCGUCACAGACAUGUGGUCAGUCGGUGUUCUGGCCUACGUGCUUCUCAGUGGACUCAAUCCAUUCACAGCUGAAACUACUCAACAGAUGAUCGACAACAUCUCGAACGCGGUCUACAGCUAUGACGAUGAGUCCUUCAAGGUGGUUAGUGUGGAAGCGCUCGACUUCACCGACCGCCUCAUCACCAAAGAGCGCAAGCACCGUAUGACUGCCUCUGAAGCACUUGCGCACCCUUGGUUGACCAAGCCCGCCGAGGACGUGAGCUCCAGAGCCAUCCAGACUGGAAGGCACAAGAGAUACUACCAGAGCAUGCUGAGAAAGGAGUGGAGCACAGUGGUGUCUGCGGCCCGCGUCGCCAGCGGCGGCUCCAUCAGGUCGCAGCGUGGCGUGUUUGUUGCCAAAGUCAAGAUUGCUCCGUUUGAACACGGACCCCUCGCGGGACAGAUUGGCCACGCUGUGGUCAAUGAGGGCGACAGCAUCAAGUUCAUCUGCAACAUUGACAACUACGACAGCACCACAGAGGUCACGUGGUACUGUGGCGUGCGGCAGCUGGAGGCUGGCGACAAGUAUGCUAUCGAGUAUGAGGACGGCCUAGCAGUCAUCACCGUGCAUCACGUGACGCGAGCAGACGACGGCACCUACAGGUGCAAGGUGGUGAACGAGUACGGCGAGGACAGUGCCUAUGCGGAGCUGUUUGUGGCGGGUGUUCGCUCCUACCGGGACUAUUUCACGACGCGCGUAAUCAAGAGGACGAAGCGCAGGAUUGACACCGCCAGGAUGCUGCAGAAACCGCCCGAGUUCACGCUCCCCCUGGUCAACCACACGGCCUAUAUCGGGGAGGAUGUCCGUUUUGGUGUCACCAUCACAGUUCACCCAGAGCCUCGCGUCAUCUGGCACAAAUCUGGACAAAAGCUCAUCCCCGGACAUGACGACAGGAAGUACACCUUCAUCAGCGACAAAGGAUUGUACCAGCUGAUCAUCCACAAUCUGGAGGACGAAGACGAUGCAGAGUACUCCGUUGUUGCCCGAAAUCGCUACGGGGACGACAGUUGCAAAGCUCGCCUGACCGUGGUGCCCAGACCUAAGCCAGCAGAUCUGACUCUGAGACCCAUGUUCAAACGACUGCUGGCCAACGUGGAGUGCCGGGAAGGCCAAAAUGUCCGCUUUGAAAUCAGAGUCUCCGGGCACCCAACCCUCAAGUGGGAGAAAGAUGGAACGCCCAUUGCCUUCGGGCCGUCGAUCGAGUUGGUACACGAAGGGCUGGACUACUUUAUCCUUCACGUCCGAGACACCCUUCCUGAGGACUCUGGCGUGUACAGGGUGACGGCCACCAACUCCGCUGGGUCGGCCAGCUGUCAGGCAACACUCAAAGUGGAGCGCGUUGCCCACGUCAAGAAAGACUACGAGACAAGUGAGAAGGAGCAGGCCAAGGUCGCUGGGAAAGAAGAGUUGGAUAAAAAGGUGCGGCUGUCUCAAAUCCUGGCCGGCACCGUGGUGAUGCCACUGCCUCCAGCAGCCGUCCAAGCUGUGCGCGAGGCUGCUACCAUGUUCAAACCGGCGGUGACCACAAAGAAGGGUGAAAAGACUGAGGCAGAGAUACAGAAGGAGCAGGAAGAAAGGAAAAAGCGGGCGGAUGAGAAACGAUUGCGCAUGCCGUACGUUGUCCCCGCCCCCCGUGCCGUCAACCCGGCGGUUCUGGAAGAAGACGUCGAGAUCAAACAUUUCAAGCCCAUAUCAGACAUGAAGUGGUACAAGAAAUUGCGUGACCAGUACGAGUUCCCCGAGCCAAUGGAAAAGGUCACUCAGAAGAGGAUGAAGCGAAUCCGCCUCUCUCGAUGGGAGCAGUUUUACGAGGUGCCUAUUAGAAUCAAGGACCAGUACAAGCCCAGAUGGCACAUCCCCACUGUGAGCCAGGACGACCUGGAGACUGUGAGGCCAGCCCGGCAUCGCAGCCCUUCCCCUGAGAUGGAUGCCUACCACCGCAUUAGGAGGCGAUCCCUGGGCGACCUGACUGACGAAGAGCUCCUGCUGCCAGUCAAUGAAUACCUGGCCAUGAAACGAACAGAGGAGGAGCGACUGCGCUUGGAAGAGCAGCUGGAGCUCGGCUACUCUGCUUCGCCACCCAGCCACAGCCCGGUUCGCUUUGAGUUGUCCUCGCUUCGCCCCUCGUCUCCAAGGCGGGUGUAUGCAGAGGCGGAAGAGGAGGAAGAUGUCUGCCGAUAUGACUCCUACAGAAUUCCCUCCAAAUAUGAAGCUGGCCCGAGCUUCGUGGAGCUCCGCCAGCGUCAUGACAAAGCAACGCACAGACCUGCAGGACAGAAGCAGCGAGUGUUUGAGGAGCGGGAGGACCAGGAGCUGCUCAGGCCACAUGCCACCGCGACAAGAAUCUCCUCAUACAAGAGUCAGCUUAAACGGAUGGAGUUUGAGGAGAAGACUCGCACUUCCAAAAAGGAAACCACUGUUUCCAUUUCAAAGGUUUCUGAAGUUGUCGAAUCUGAGCACCUCGCAGGCUUUGCCUCCGAGUACCUACCGAAGCCUAUCAAGAAGCUUCCUGAGCAGACGACAUCUCCUGCCCCGGAAAAGACCCACGUGACCAUCGAGCCCCUGCCCAGGGUGGACUUCCUCUCCAGGUACGAGGACAGAAAGCAGACGUUGCGUUCCGAGAGAAGGUCGGUGGAACGGAAGGUGGAGGUUUUCACCCAGGCCCCCUUUAGCCUUGACCACGGCCCUCGCAUUACCAUCAGGAUGCGCUCUCAUCGUGUCCCCUACGGAUGCAACACCAGGCUGACUUUGAAUGUUCAGGCCAAGCCUGAGCCAGAGGUUCAGUGGUACCACAAUGGCCAGCUGAUUCAUCAAAGUUCAAAGUACCAAAUGACCAAUAUCAGCGGAGUGCUGACACUGCAGAUCCUUAACUGUGCAACGGAGGACGCCGGCACAUACCGAGCGGUUUGCAGAAACACCAAAGGCGAGACAUCGGACUACGCCACGCUCGACGUUGCAGGCUCGGAAUACGCAGCAUUGCCAUCUGUGCGCAAGGACGAGGAGCCGCCGUCCUCCUACGUCCCUGAGAUGGCCAAGACCGAGGUGUAUCAUGUGUCCAGUGCUGCGGUCUCAGACACCGUCGCUGUGAUUGAGAAAGUGGAGUCCCGUGCUCCUGCCAGGGUCACGGCCAAGCCCCACUCUCUUGUUGUCGACGAGGGCGAAGCAGCCCGCUUCCAGGCCGACGUCGACGGUGAACCAGCGCCCUCUGUCACGUGGAUGAAAGAAGGACUUGCCAUUUCUUCAUCUUCGCGUCACCACAUCGUCGCAACUCAGUACAGCUCGUCGUUUGAAAUCCCUGCCGUGGAGAUGUCGGAUGCUGGAAACUACUUGUUAUGUGUAGAGAACCCCAGUGGAAAACAGGAAGUCCAUUUCACUCUAACUGUGAACAAGUCCAAAGAGAGUCUCGUCACAAGAGUCACAUCUCCAGAUGCCAAGUCCCCCGAACCACUCAAGUCGCCUGCCGCCAAGUCCCCCGAACCACUCAAGUCGCCCGCCGCCAAGUCCCCCGAACCACUCAAGUCGCCUGCCGCCAAGUCCCCUGAGCCAGUUGUUUCACCUAAGAGGGUCAAAUCCCCCGAACCAGUCAAGUCGCCCCAGAGAGUCAAAUCCCCCGAACCAGUCAAGUCGCCUCAAAGAGUCAAGUCUCCCCUGUCGCCAAAGUCACCUACACCCUAGUCGGGGGGGAAAAAAGAAUAGUUUCUGCCGGUUUGACAAGUCAUCAUCAAAGAGGAUCGGAAGUGUUUUAGUGAAUUAGCGUAAAAGAUUUGUGUUCUUGUAAAUAUGAAACUAUUUUUGUACCAAACUUGACAUGAAUUUAUCACAACUAUCCGGAAGUCUGACGCUGUUAUAAUUGUGCCGUAUUGAAAAAUUCUGACGUUUCGUUCUGUGACAUGUACAUAAUGUAUAUAGCCGAAUUCAACGGUUAUGGGAAAUGUAUGCUUUUAUUUAUGACGAUGAUAUUCACCAAAGAAAGGACAGGAGAAAGUUUCUUGGGGAACGACUACCCUGUCAAACUGAAACCAAACUUUGUGCCUCAACUCUGAGUUGAAGUCUAAGAUUGCCUCGGCAGGUAGAGAGACUCCCUGCCGACGUUCGAAACCAGAACCAGACGUGCGUCUGUGUCAACUACCAGUGUUUAUUUGUGAACCUGGAGUGCAAGACCCUGAAGGCUGCGUGCAGCACCCUCUUGUAGGCAGCCGGAAUCGGCCUUGUGCUCCGACUGACUGAGUCACCACCACUUUGAUGACCUGCUGGGUGCGUGAGCGGCCCGCGCCCCCAGUCUUGAAUAUUAUUUAUUGAGUACUGUGUCUGGCCCGAGACGGCCCGUGUGACUUCCACGUUCUGGCCAUGGAUGGAAGUCCACCGAAGCUCUCCUGAGCAGACGCAGCGCCGACUCUCGGAGGAUCGCCUGUUUUGUUUUUCCUCUUUUUGUGUGUGUAGUUUAUUGAUCAGUUCAUACAGUCACCAGUAGGGAAAGAAUGGGCACAAUGAGGCCACCUGCUGCCCCACUAACCAAGUUAGACGCCCCAACCGUGAAGGAAUUGGUCUGAUAGAUGUGUUUUUGUCCUCCGACAGUUUGAUGUAUUUCUGGCUUAUUAAAGCAUGU